GCUCCUCCGGCCGGGCUGAGGCGCCGCAGCAGCGGCGGCGGCGGCGCUCAGUUGGCGCGCAGCUGCUGCCCGGCCAGGCCGACGAGGGGACGGGAGGCGAGCGCCGCGCAGCCGCCAUGGUGAGUCCGGGCGCGGGGUGGAGAGAGGGCGCCGGGCCAGACCGCCGCGAGGCCUCGGUCGGGGCCGGACGCCCGAGCUCGGGCAGGCAGCCCGAGAGAGCGCCAGGCACACGGCUAGUCCUCAGCGCGCCCAGGCGGAGAAGGAGCCUCCGGGUGGCGAGAAGGGAGACGGCCUAGCAAAGCCUGCGCGGAGAGAGAGCCUCCAGGUGCAGGAGCAGUCUAUCUCUGAAUGCCUGAGGAGCUCCUAAAAGGAGGAGGCUUCCGCAUCCCACUUGCCGCUUUGCAGCCUUUCUCAAGCUGUGGGUCCCCAGAUGUUGCUGAACUACAACUCCCAUCACCCCUAGCUAGCAAGGCCAGAGCUCAGGGAUGAUGGGAGUUGUAGUCCAACAACAUCUGGGGGACCCACAGCUUGAGAACCGCUGAGAGGGACCGCAUCCAGGUCUCUGCGGCCCUCAGGUUGGUUGUAGGACGUUUCCUGCAUGGCAGAGGGUUGGACUGGAUGACCCUUGGGUCCCUCCCGACUCAAAUCAAUUAUGCUUUGAAGGUUUGUACGUUUCACUAAUUUUACAAUCGUUUUGAGAUUUCGAAACUUGACUUCCUUCCCCCUUUUUCUGCAGUUCCUUGAGUUUAUUUUUAAUAUCAGCUGCAUAUCCUUAUUAACUUAAUUUGCUCAUUUCUUCAUCUUCUUUAAAUAUAUGCUCUUCAACUUUAUAAGGUUCUAUACCCGGUGACCCGACUCCCCUCUUGCCGUGUCUCCCAUCCGAGUAUGCGGCGCCGGGGUGCAAAGAUGCACGCCCCCAUCCCAGGUUGCCCAGUCCCAGGCACGCAGGAGGGCAGAGCCAGCCGGCUGCCUCAGCAUCUCGCUGGCUUGGUCACCCCCAAACUCAUGGUGCAGAGCCGCCCGCAGCAGAAGAUCCCACUGCGGGGCUCUGACUGACAGGCGGGCUCUUCCCUGGACUCAAUUCUCGGGCACCAGACUCACGGCCAGGUCCCCUGAGAGCCUAGCGCCUGGGUGCCUCGCACCCCUAGCACCUAUGAAUAAGAUGGCCCUGCUCCCACCCGUCACUGCCCCUUGUCGGGUCGUCUGGCCCUUGAAUAUAUGUGUGCAUGGAAUUGGAAAUCAUAGAAUCGUAGAAUCAAGACCUCCAAAGAAGGAGACUCCACCACACUCCUUGGCAGCAAAUUCCACUGUCGAACAGCUCUUACUGUCAGGAAGUUCUUCCUAAUGUUUAGGUGGAAUUUCUUUCUUGUAGUUUGGAUCCAUUACUCCGUGUCCGCUUCUCUGGAGCAGCGGAAAACAACCUUUCUCCCUCCUCUAUGUGACAUCCUUUUAUAUAUUGGAACAUGGCUAUCAUAUCACCCCUUAACCUCCUCUCCUCCAGGCUAAACAUGCCCAGCUCCCUUAGCCGUUCCUCAUAAGGCAUCGUUUCCAGGCCUUUGACCAUUUUGGUUGCCCUCCUCUGGACGCGUUCCAGUUUGUCAGUGUCCUUCGAGGCACCCCAAACUGUUUUGGGGGGAACCCAGGGAGCACAUUUGGAAAAAGAUUUCCAAAUGUCAUGCAUGCCCCAAAAUACCCAUUUUUGCAGAAGGAAAAGCUGCUAGUGCUGAGAUACUGCCCCCCCCCAAUGAGCAAAAGUGCAGACAAAAAAGGAGCCCCCCCCCUCUCCCCAGAAGACAAGAUAGUUUAGGAUGGUCAGUAAGGCUGGGCAAUAAAGCAUCCUGUACUGGUUUGAAGUCCAUAUUGGGAUACUAGUUUCAUAAUUUUUGACUUGGUGAUAUGUCACGAAACAUGAUGUGUGUGCUCUGCAAAAAUCACAAUGUGGGGAAAACGGUGAAGCCAGCCAAUUCCUCUAUAGAUCUCCAUCCUUAUUUCAGGCAUCGUGACAUAUCAGUAUAUUGCGAUGUUUAGCUGGUGAUAUAUCACAGUGUUGAAAGCCAGAUAUUGCCCAGCCCUAGUCAUCAGGAACCUCGGGGUUACGGGUGCUGUGAUGGUGAUGGGCACCAUAGAACCAUAAGAGUUGGAAGGGGCUCUGAGCAUCAUCUAGUCCAACCCACUGCAAUGCAGGGAUAUGCAGCUGUCCAUAUUGACUUCUGGGUGAAACUGAUAGGCCUUUGGCCUGAUCCAGCAGGGCUGCUCUUACACCCUCAAGACCAUGUCCUAACAUCUGUUGAGACAGAAGCAGCCAGGAUGUUGGAAGUUCUGGGCAGUCCCGCCUGCCGCAGUCUCGAAGUCCGGCCUUGGGACCAGCCGCAUGCCCUGUGCAAAAAUGUCACAUUUGUAAGAUUGGGAGGGAAAUAGCACUUGUGAGUCUGCAUGAAAGGUUUUGAAUAGCCUUGCAGAGAGUAGACUCAGGUGUUUUGACGGAUCGAGGAUUUUUAAAGCGUUCCGCUUUUUGCUUAGGACGGCAACAAAGGACACUUGCAAUCAUAAAGCGUUUUGAGGCUUAGCCUGAUGACAGAAACCAAUUAGGUUAAUUCUCGCUGAGAAACAAUGGCAUUUUUUGUCUUUUUAAAGUGGCAUGUUGUUGUAGCUUUCUGACAAAUGUAGAGGUUUUGCAGUUGUUGAGGAAGGUACUGCCUUCCUCAACUCGGUCCCCUCCAGGUAAAUUUGAACUACAGUUCCUAGAGAGCACAGCCAUAGGCCUAGAUGGCUUAGGUUGAUGGGAGCUGUAGUUUGAAACAUCUGGAAGGCACCAGGUUCUGGAGUGUUAGUAUUGGACUAUGGCCUUUCAGGUUUGCUGUGGCUACAGAUAUACUGCUUUGAGCAUGGAGAAAAGUUGGGGUAUGAAUAUGAUGAAGAACCUCCAGGGAUACCUUUCUAUAAAUGGGCAUGUGAUUCCCUGGACCUUCUAUUCUCAUUGAUCUUCGCCGUGGAAGGCCCUCCAAGUGACAGGAACCGAGGAAGGAGAGGGCCUUGAAGGCUCCCAGCUUUAUAUUCUAACUUUCCUCCUUUGAAGGCAACUCAGGAAGCUAUUUUGAGACAGGGUAGAGGAGAGUUUGCAAAGGGAUUGCAAGGAAGGAAGAGUUUAAAAUACUGGAGUAAGAAUAAAAAAAAAAAAUCAAAUCGCUCUUGAGAUUCUCUUCUUGUAAAUCUCCUGAAACAGCAGGAGCAGCCUCUCAGUAACCGUGACAUUUUAAAAACGAAUUUAUUUUAAAAGAGAAACGAAUGAAAAAAAGUCAGAGCAGCUGUUUAUAAAAAACGAGCAGGCAGCUGUAAAUCUGCCUUCCCACCCAUGCGUCAGAGUGGAGUCCUGCGGUGCGUGCAUUUGUGUGUCCCAGGAACAUUUCUCAGGUUUGUGGGCUCGGCUGGCUGCUGACACUCCUUGCAAGCAGAGACCCCCAGGAAUGGCGGCUGUUGCUCAGGCUGCCCCCUCUCUGUGGUGGUGGUGGAGAGCCUGCCUGCCUGCCUGCCUGCCUGCUUGCUUGCCUGUCUGCCUGGUGACCUUUGCUCCUCGCAAGGGAGGCUGUUUUGCAGAUGCAGGGCAGAGGCCCUUUUGUUGUCCAGCCCCCGGCGAGGCCACUUUUGCGGCCUGCUUUUCCAAGAAAGAGUCGCCUGCCUAUCGCGCCCCCGGAUUGAAGUUGGAUGAGUUAGUUUUGCGAGGAAAGGGUGGGUGGAGAAGCAGGAGGGAAAGAUCAGCAACCCCCACCCCCCAACCCUUGAGCUCUGACGCAGUUUGUUGACGUGGGUUUGUAUUGUGCCAAGGAGAAACCAAACAGUGGUGGGGUUUGCAUGCAGUGGGGGGGGGGCAGACUCAGAGCCUGACAUCUGGGGCUGCUGCUCAGUAGUUGCCUGCAAAUUUCGUAGCUCAGUCUGUGCAGAGCUUUCCUCCUGAACUGCAAAAAAAAGGGCCUUCCAGGGCUUCUCUGUAUCUCUUGGAAACGUCACUUCCCAUGGCUUGUCUUUCCAGGGGCUCCCUAAGAUAAAGGGGUUUGUCCUGCUCAGAGCAGACUCGCUGCAUUUCUUUUGUAUCUUUACGUCUUUGAAAUUUGUACACCGCUUGACGGCUUUAAAAAGCCCUCAAAGCUGUUCUGCAAAAAAACAACAAAAUAAAAAUAGAAUAGUUGCCGAUAAAAACUAACCCCAAUAAAGCAUCUGAAAAGUUGAAGUGACAGUAGAUGUGAAACAGAUCAAAACUCAACUUUCUGGAAAGGCUUAGAAUCCUAGAGUUGGAAGGGACCCCAUGGGUCAUCUAGUCCAACCCCCUACAAUGCAGGAAUCACAACUAAAGCAUCCAGGACAGAUGGCCAUCCAGUCCCUGCUCAAAAACCUCCAGUGAAGGAGAGCACCACCUUCUGAGGGUGCUCUGACUGUCAGAACGUUCUUCCUGAUGUUGAGUCGGAAUCCCCUUUCUUGUAACUUGAAUCCAUUGGUUCGGGUCUUCCCCUCUGGAGCAGGAGAAGAUAAAGUUUGAUCCAUCUUCCAUGUGACAGCCCUUAAGGCAGGGGUGGGCAAACUAAGGUCCGGGGGCCAGAUCCAGCCCAAUCGCCUUCUAAAUCCGGCCCGCGGACAGUCUGGGAAUCAGCGUGUUUUUACAUGAGUAGAAUAUAUCCUUUUAUUUAAAAUGCACCUCUGCUUUAUUUGUGGGGUCUGCCUGGUGUUUUUACGUGAGAAGAAUGUGUGCUUUUAUUUAAAAUGCAUCUCUGGGUUAUUUGUGGGGCAUAGGAAUUCGUUUAUUCCCCCCCCCCCCAAAAAAUAUAGUCCGGCCCACCACAUGGUCUGAGGGACGGUGGACCGGCCCAUGGCUGAAAAAGGUUGCUGACCCCUAGCUUAAGGUAUUUGAAGACAGCUAUCAUAUCUCCUUUCAGUCUCCUUUUCUGAACCUUUUCCAACUCUGCAGUAUGCUUUUUGAGGCGAGCCUACCAGAACUCCAAGUGCGGUUGCAGCAUAGAUUUGUAUAGUGGCAUUAUGAUUUCGGCAGUUUUAUUUUCAGAGAAGGAGAAGGGAUCUGGCCCCAGUUGUGAUGCUGGCUCAGCCCCAGUGGCUCUGGGAGGUUUGCAGAGGCUUCCAUCAGAAAGGAUGGGAAAGGAUGGCUUCCUUUUGCUGAUUUUCUCUUUCUCUGUGUGUUUUAGUUUAGUUUAUUUUUAUCUUACUGUAUUAUGAAAACGUGUUAAUAUUUUUUAUUUUUUAUCUUUUAAAAAAGGUUAGUAGAGCCUGGUAUGUGGGUUCGAGCUUCCAGCAUUGGACUAGAUGAGCCCUGGGGUGCCUUCCAACUCUACAAAUCUUUGAGUCCAUGAUGGAGAAGGGAGCCAAGCCAGGUUGAGAACAAACAGCAAGCAAGUGGGUGGAUGACAAUUAUCUAACUCUCCCUGAUAAGGAGCUAUUGACAGGAGAUGGGCGCAUUUGCAUGGGCGAUAAUGGGCUACUGUUUGCAGAGCUGGGCUCUGGUGCUCUUGUGCCUGGGCCAAGAAGCAUCAGUGAGUGCCCUGUGUGCCAGGGCUUGCCUGGCCCUUUGAAAAGGCGGCACCCGUCUCCCUAGCGUCAUGAGUCGCCGUCCCCUGCGGUCUUUUCCCCCAGCCCAAGAGCACGUGCUGAAUCCAACAUCAGAACAACACCAUUGUGGCCUAGUGUUUAGAGCAGGGGUAGGCAACCUAAGGCCUGGGGGUCGGAUGUGGCCCAAUCGCCUUUUAAAUCCAGCCCACGGGCAGUAUGAGAAUCAGCGUGUUUUUACAUGAGUAGAAUGUAUGCUUUUAUUUAAAAUGCAUCUCUGGGUUAUUUGUGGGGCAUAGGAAUUCGUUCAUACUGUGUUUUUUUUCCACCACAUGGUCUGAGGGACGGUGGACCGGCCCACGGCUGAAAAAGGUUGCUGAUCCCUGGUUUAGAGUGUCAGCCGGGGAGAGACCAGGGCUCAAAUCCAUCCACCCUCCACUCAGCUAUGAAGCUCGCUGCGUAACACUGGGCCACUCACUGCGUUCUCUCGGCCUAACCUACCUUGCAAGGUUGUUGUGGGAAUUAACUGAGCAGGGGAAGAACCACACACACUGCCUUAAGCCCCCUGGAGGACAAACCUGGGGUGCCAAUGCAAUAAAUCAAGCGGUCCCAUCUAAAUCAGUAGCCCUAACUUAGCUGUGCCCAUUCAUUUUUAUUUUUAUUUUAUUCCAUAUACCCCCACAUUUUCCCCAGUGUUUGAAAUUAGUCAGAAAUUUAAUGGAAAGCAAAAUGUCAUAAUUAUUAUUAUUAUUAUUAUUAUUAUUAUUAUUAUUUAUUAGAGGUGGAUCUGAAAUAUUUCCAUUGGCGCUUGAAUUAUUUUUAUGCUGGAUUGUUUUCUUUGAUGUUUUAAUGUUUUGUAAACUGCUUUGAGAUUUGUUCUCUAAAAUAUAAAGUGGUAUACAAAACAACAACAAUCAACAGGGGGAACGACUCCUAGACAUUCCAUUGUGGCAACUGUAGCCCAGGUUUAAGGUGCCAUUUGGCUAUUAGAUUAUUUAUCUGAAUCUCUAACACUGUUUACCCCGCAACAACCCUGUGAGGUAGGUUGGGCUGAGAGGCAGUGACUGGUCCACUAUCUCACCCAGCUGAGCAGGUGCUUGAACCCUGGUCUCUCCCAGGUCUUAGUCCAGUGCUUUAACCACUGCACCACACUGUCUCUCUCUGUCCCCUUGCUUUGUGGGUUGUCGGGGGCGGGAGGGGGCAAGAGAGGCGGCGUGGCACCCUUCCUAGCGUGACGCUUGAAACACCUUUUCAGGUAUAGAGGAACUGAGCAGGGCAAUUCACUGGUUCUGCUUUACAGGAUUUCUUUAAGGAGAAGGGGAUUAGCCACAGACUGACCGCUCCCUGCAUUCCUCUUUUUUGCAGUCAGUUGGAUUGUUCCUUUGGGGUGGGUGAGGAACAUGAGUUGCUUUUAAGGGAGCCAUGGAUUUUGGCGGGGGACGUUCCGCGGAGAAAGGCAAUUUGGGGUCCUCUGGUAGCCUUGCACUUUUUGAAGGCUGCCCUAAGCUGAUGAGGGCAAACAUGAGCUGAAUCCAGCUGGCUUUGGGGAGUGGGUGGUCAGCGUCUUCCAAAUUGUGGGAGGGUGCAGCCCUAACAGGCCCUUGAGAAAGUACUCUGAAAUCCUUCAUUGGUCAAGUUGCGGGUGUCCACCCACCCCUGCCUCCUUCCAUAAUUUGGGACAAGCAGUUCAAAAACAAUUUGCAAAACCGGGAUAAAGAACCGUCUCCAAAGCCUUGUUGGCUUAGGCAUUUCCUUCCCCACCCAACUCUUUCGUGUUUGGCAAAAGCAGAAGGUGCAGUAAGGAUUCAGGGAUCCAAAAACAAAAGCCCUGGAGCCAAGCCGCCUCUCUUUGCCAGCUUAGGGAAAUCCUUCGGUGUAACACCUCCCUCUCUUCAGGGCAAGCUUAAAACAUGCUCUGUAAGCUGUGGAUGGGAACCUCUCCACUGGUGCAGCUAUGGGAGCAGUCAGAAGGGACUCGGCACAUUAUUUCCCCCUAAGGAAUACAGGGAACUGUAGUUUGAGGGUGCUGGGAAUUAUAGCUCCAUGAGGGGGGUUUGCUACAGUUCCCAGGAUUUUGGAGGGAGGAAGAGAAGGGAGUUUUAUAUGUGCCUUAGUGUGCGUGCUGCUUCCCUCUCUCCUCAGUCCCUGCCUCUUCCCCCUCCCAAAAAAACCCUGCUUCCUGUCCAGAAUUUUUCAGCAGGAGGGAGUGCCUUUCCCCAGGAAACAGGGUGUUGGGAAUGAGUUUCCAAGAAUCAUAGACUCUGAAUUGUAGAGUUGGAAGGAACCCCCAAGGUUCAUCUAAUCAAACUCCCUACAAUGCAAGAAUCACAACUGAAAUGAUCUCAUGACAGUGGCCUCCCAAACUCCGCUAAAAAAACUCCAAUGACAGGGGAGGCCACCCCAGAAGUGUAUGGUUUUUGGGGAACCAGGCUCUGCCACAAGCCCAGAGUGUUCAGCAAGACUCGGACUUGCUGGCUUUCACCUGGCCAUCUAGCAUGUCAAGCUUAGAACUGGAAGCUUCUGCAUUUCCCUGGAAUCAAUUGUUUAACAAAAUUUGGAGACUGCGCAGUAAUAGCAAUAAGGAAGCACUUUGCAUGAAGCAGGGUAAAAUGUUUAUAAAAAAUACAGAUAAUAUCAGUUAGAGGUGAUUUGCUUGGGCUGGCUUGCUGAAGCAAAGGGCUGAAUCCAACGAAGGCCUGCUCUGUUUAGGACUAGCAUUGAAUAUGCCCUGAAGGCUUGUACCCAGAAUCAGUCCUACUUGGAGUAGACUCGUUGAAAUUAAUUGAUACAGCCCAGAGUUUUAAAGCAGGCACUUUAAACGAGUAUUACUUGAUGUCAAGAGGCAGGGAGUUCCAAAGCUUUCUGUCCUGAAAGAGGAGCUCCUUGCAGAUGCUGAACAAACGUUAGGUGGCGCUUGGGAAAGUGUUGUUUUUUCCCCCCAGUGUUCAUAUCCUGCUCUUCAACAAUAGGUACCCAGAGAAGUGUCCAGAAAAGGAGAAUAAACAAACAUUAGUAGAAUUGAAAAUGGCAAGAAUGAGCUGAGAUGGGAUCUCUUUCAUUGUUUGGGUCUAAGUUUACACAGGCAGGACGGGAGGUGGGGAGAGAAGUUUGUGUUGCAAAAGUGCACAGCUUUAGGGUUUGCACAGGAACCACAUUGCCCUUUUGUCUGACAUUGGCUUUUCCCAUGUCUGAGGGUUUUGAGGUUCCUUACGAAAUCCACAAGCCCUGUUCAGUGCCUUGGGGGAGGACUAUUUCCUCUUCCUUCUGAUCUAGGCUUGCCCUCCCGACAAUGUCCCACGCCUGGCUUCUAGCAAUGUUGGAGAAUUCUGCCAGGAAUGGAAACAGGAGUGGAGAUUGCUGUGAUUGGCAUUUUCGCUGGAAGUUCUGGAGCAAAAUUUGCUGCUGUUGUUUCCUAGCCCACGAACUUUACGUAAAGUUUUCUGUGUCAUUUUUCCCUUUCCGCUGAGAUGCACUGAAUUAGGCUAAGUAGUUCAUCACAUUCGUUGCGAACAACAGUGUAGGUUUUGCCGAACCGUAGCAGAAGGGAGACACUGUGGGUUGGAAUGAGCACAGAACAGGAUGGAAAUUUCUGCUCCCUUACAUCCCAUUUUCCCUUUAGAAGAUGUGCUUGAGGCAGGGGGAUGUGUUUUCAGUGUGGGUCAGUGGAGCCCCCAAUGUGGCUUUGCAGACUGCCAGUGGAGGAACUGCUGCGUAAACUUCCUUAGACUCCUCUUCCCCACGCCAAAGCUCAGAGAGGACACUUUAUCUUCUAGGAAUCUGGGGAUCUCUUUGUUCCAUUCGCCGGAGUCCCUCCUCACUACCCAACCAGCCCUGGCUUGCCUUGGCUGUUCCAGAGGCUGACUUCCUCCUGGCUGGCUGCGACCUGAUUAAGUGUGUGUGUGUGUGUGUGUGUGUGUGUGUGUGUGUGUUUGGCAGCAAGGGUGGGGGGAGAUGUUUUGGCUGGGCAUCUCCACGCACAGCCGUAAGUCCGUAAGUCUGUGUAAUGAGCCUGGCAGGUGGCAAAAGCUCUUUGCCUGAGCCAAGGCGGCUGGCGCUCAGAGCCAAGCUUCUGGGGCACCGAUCCAAGAGGUGGGGAGAGGAGGGAGGACGCCUUGCAUGCACGCUCUCUUUUCCCCUUGGUCCAUCAGGUAAGGCUCAGGAGAGGCGGAAGUUUUGCUCGAGGCAGCUGCUUUAGAUACCAAACCCCUCAGGCAGGCUAUUUUUCAGUUGUUUUCAAGGGAACAACAACAAAGAGACAAGUUGUGGUGGGACACAGAAAGCUCCCUUCUCAGCUGCCACCAGAUCCUUGGUCCCUCUAGCUCAGUGUGGUCUACACUGACUGGCAGCAGCUCUCCAGAGUUUCAGAUUGUGGGAGGGCCUUUCUCAGCCUUACCUCGAGAUUCUGCUGGGGGAUUGAAGCUGCAACCUUCUGCACGCAGGGCACCACUGAGCUAGAGCCUUGUUGGGUGUGCUUAGGGGGGAGGUUUUGGUGAUGGGGACAGCUUCCCUGCAGCAAAGUUGUUGCUUCGUUGCAAAUGGCACUAUGCACCUCCUCUCCCUCUCCAAGCCAAGAGGAUGUAUAGAAGAUGAGACUCCUAGAAACAGCAGCUGGAUGGAGGCAGUUAUCCUUCUGAAUCCAAUUGCAGGUUUUCCAUGAUGGGCAUUUGGUUGGCCACUAAGAGAACAGGAGUCUGGACUAGAUGGGCCAUUGGCUGUUACAUCAUGGAGGACAAGGACAUUCAUUGAAGAGAGGACAAUUGAGGCCUACUAGCCACAGUGGCUAUGCUCUGCCUCCAGUCCCGUGUUCGAAAUUUGCCAGGCGCAUUUUGCACCUGGCUGCAGGUGGUGCUGUGGGUUAAACCACAGAGCCCUAGGGCUUGCCAGUGUGGUGUAGUGGUUAAGAGCGGUAGUCUUGUAAUCUGGGGAACCGGGUUCGCGUCUCCGCUCCUCCACAUGCAGCUGCUGGGUGACCUUGGGCUCGUCACACUUCUCUGAAGUCUCUCAGCCCCUCUCACCUUACAGAGUGUUUGUUGUGGGGGAGGAAGGGAAAAGGAGAAUGUUAGCCGCUUUGAGACUCCUGAAGGGGAGUGAAAGGCGGGAUAUCAAAUCCAAACUCUUCUUCUUCUUCUUCUUCUUGCUGAUCAGAAGGUCAGCGGUGAGCUCCCCUUGCUCAGUCCCUGCUCCUGCCAACCUAGCAGUUCGAAAGCACCUCAAAGCGCAAGUAGAUAAAUAGGUACCGCUCUGGCGGGAAGGUAAACGGCGUUUCCGUGCGCUGCUCUGGUUCGCCAGAAGCGGCUUAGUCAUGCUGGCCACGUGACCCAGAAGCUGUACGCCGGCUCCCUCGGCCAGUAAAGCGAGAUGAGCGCCACAACCCCAGAGUCGUCCGCAACUGGACCUAAUAAAUGGCCAGGGGUCCCUUUACCCCUUUACCUAUUGGCCACUUGCAGCCAAGUGAAGAUACCUGGGCAGCAGAAUGGAGCCUGAUAUCUCCAUCUGGAGGUGCCUUCACACCUUGGAUCUGGACUGCCUUCACACACUUAACACCACAUCCUGUAGAAAUCUAUCAGAAUGAGUUUCAGGAACCUGAAUGCCUCUUCUGUGCAGCCUGAGCAGGAGCAGUGAACAAUGUUAUAGUUAAUUGUUGCAGCCAGCACUCCCCCCCCCCCCCCGAAAAAUAGGUGCCGAUGCUGCGUACACUUGAGUACCCCUUGGGGGGGAAAGCACUGGUUGUAGCCUGUCUUCACUUCCCCUAACCCACCCGACUGCCCUGCUCACAGUUGUGAAGAAUAGUCUUACAUUUUUAAUGGUCCGUGUCACCAUUAAGAAAAAAGAGGUCGGAAUAGGAGAGUAUAUAUGUGGGACUGCCCUUGGAUCGAGUGAUUUUUCUUCUUUCAGUUCUGAAAGCUUUUAACCUAGCUCAAGAUCGCCGUCUGAUUUAGCAAGUUGUUUUAACUGAGAAUCAAUCACAGCCAGUCCAUCGCUUGGAAAAUAAGACUUUUAGAGCCAUCUCGUCCCCAAAUGGCAACUAGACAUCCCAUUUUGGCACCUGCAAUCUAGGAUUGUGGAGCAGUUUGGGGUCUAGCUUGCGUAUCUGAGUUUCUAGCACAGGCCCUCCACAGUUGGAGAGUGUGGUGCUUCUGAAUCGGCUGCUGGAAGCCGCAGGAGGGGAGAGGGAUGUUGUGCUCCAAUUGCAGGUUUCCCGCAGGUGUCUGGUUGGCCACUGUGAGAGCAGGAUUCUGGAUCAAAUCGGCCACUGGUCUGAUCCACUGACCUGAGCUACAUCCUUCCCUAUCCCUGUAUCUGGAGAAAACCACAUUCCACCAGUUCUCUCCAUUCCACCAGGUUCCCAUUACGCCACUUUGUAAAUUCUAAUAUUUUGAGAGAGCGCCAGUGGCUAGAAAGACCAGUGGGGCAGCUUAUUUCUUUUUUAAAAAUUAUUCCUACAUUUAUAUCCCACCUUUGCUCCGUCUGUGACCUCCCCCACCCCUCCUUCUGCCCUGAGCAUCACGUCUUUUAAGUGUCAGGCUAAGACAACCAAGCAUUUUAAAAUUGAUUAUAUCUGUCUCCCGCUCGCUCAAUGGCAGUGGAUGGUUUUUACCCCUUUGCUGCUUUAUAAUUUCACUUAUUUAUUUCAUGUAAAAUUAUACACUGCUUGAUGUGGGAAGGGGCAGGAGUCAAAGCAUGUGAUCCCUCCUAUGUUUGUUUUAUUUAAAAAAAUACAAAAAUACUGUGUAUGUCAGUUUCAGAUUUUGGAGUAUCAGGGGCCACACAAAUAAAGCUACAACCAUAUACAGUCAUACCUAGGGAUAAAUAUGCUUCAGGAUCAGUAUUUUCGGGUUGCGCGUUACUUCUGGGUUUCACCACUCAUGCAUGCGCAGACAGUCAAAAUGACAUCACACGCAUGCGCAGAAGCGUCUUACGUUCUAUUCAGGAUGCGAACAGGGCUCCGGAAUGGAUCCUGUUUGCAAGUUGAAGUUGAAUCCUGACAAGACAGAAGUACUGUUUUUGGGGGACAGGGGGCGGGCUGGUGUGGAGGACUCCCUGGUCCUGAAUAGGGUAACUGUGCCCCUGAAGGACCAGGUGCGCAGCCUGGGAGUCAUUUUGGACUCACAGCUGUCCAUGGAGGCGCAGGUCAAUUCUGUAUUCAGGGCAGCUGUCUACCAACUCCACCUGGUACGCAGGCUGAGACCCUACCUGCCCGCGGACUGUCUCGCCAGAGUGGUGCAUGCUCUAGUUAUCUCCCGCUUGGACUACUGCAAUGCGCUCUCCGUGGGGCUACCUUUGAAGGUGACUCAGAAACUACAACUAAUCCAGAAUGCGGCAGCUAGAAUGGUGACUGGGGGCGGCCACCGAGACCAUAUAACACCGGUCCUGAAAGACCUAUAUUGGCUCCCAGUACGUUUCCAAGCACAAUUCAAAGUGUUGGUGCUGACCUUUAAAGCCCUAAACGGCCUCAGCCCAGUAUACCUGAAGGAGCGUCUCCACCCCCAUCAUUCUGCCCGGACACUGAGGUCCAGUGCCGAGGGCCUUCUGGCAGUUCCCUCAUUGCGAGAAGCAAAGCUACAGGGAACCAGCUACAGUGGCGCCCGCCCUGUGGAAUGCCCUCCCAUCAGAUGUCAAAGCGAUAAAUAACUACCUGACAUUCAGAAGACAUCUUCAGGCAGCCCUGUUCAGGGAAGUUUUUAAUCUGUGAUAUUUUAGUGUAUUUUUGGUUUCUAUGGAAGCCGCCCAGAGUGGCUGGGGAUAUCCAGCCAGAUGGGCGGGGUACAAAUAAUACAUUAUUAUUAUUAUUAUUAUUAUUAUUAUUAUUAUCCCAAGAUACCACUGUAUAACGUCUUUCCAGCAACCCUGCGAGGUAGGCGAGGCCUAGAGGCUGGCUGGCACUGCCAGCUCCUGUCCUGUACAAGUUUCCAUGGAUGUUCCUGGAAGCUGCCUUGCACAGAGUCGGCUCAACGCCUACGCUAACGGGCAGUGAAGACUCUCCAGGAUUUCAGGCAGGGAAUCUUUUCCCGGCCCUGCCUGGAGAUGCAGCCAUUGGGGAUUGAAGCAGGGGCCUUCUGCACGCCAAGCAGCUGCUCAGCUUACAGUGCUUCCCCAAGCAGGCAGCCCCAUCUGCACUUGCAACGCCUGCCUUCUGUGGGACGGAGCCUGAGAGUGGAAUGCCAUUAGCCAAUUUCCCUCUUUCCCGCAGGUUGCAAGGGGUGCUUUCUCCCCCCCCCCCUUCACCAGAGCCACAAGUGUGGAGCCAGCCAGCUCAGAGAGGAAGAGAUUAAUAAGGGUAGUGCUGUGGGUGGGCAGUGUCUCCGGUUCCAGCAAAGACUGCGAAAUCCCGGCAGGGGAAGUGAUUCACUGGCCUGGGAAUGGCAAAGCCUGCCUUUAUCUCCCUUUCGCACCGUUUCCCUCUGACUGUGAGCUCUGGACUAGGAAGAGGCAGCCCUGCAGUCGCUGCCGGGGACUCUGAACUAUCCCAGGCUCUCUUGACGUCUGUGAUUUUGGGGUGCGAGAAGGAGAGAGAGGGUCCCACAAAUCCCCCCAGAUCUGCUGGUCUUUCUCACGGGCUGGGCUAACGAACGAGGUGAGCAGGGUUUCCCCAUUUUCCUUUUUUCCGAGGCGGCAGAGAAAAGACUUGGAAUGCAUUUGUGUGGGUUUUUUUUUAAAAAAAAAAUAAUAGGAGAAAGUUUUGUUUAGAACUGUUUUUUUCCUCCCCUGUGCAAAGGAAGUUGUUAGAGACAGAUACGCUUGUACAAACUUGUUCUCCUUAUGCCAGAUUUCUAAAAAGGCGGGGUGCCCGCCCCCCCCAAUGCCCCUUGGAUUGAGCCAUCAUGUUUGUAUUGGGGCUUAUUUGUAGCUGGAGGAGGGCGGCCCCAGAGACUCUGAGGCCCUGCCUGUGGCAACCUCCUCCCAGGUUGAGCGCCUGAGCCCUCGACUGAGCAUAACCAGGCCCAGCCUGCCUGUUAAUCGCUUCUGGAUAAAAGAACAUUUUAACGCCUACUUAACUCCUGUCCAGGCAGCCUCCACCUCACUUUUCCUAUCCACAACCUGUAUAUUAAUAGCCAGUCUGUUGCUUCCUGUUGGUUGGCUUGCGUCUCAGAAAUGGUGAUACAUAGGUCGUUUUUUAUUUCUCCUUUGUUCCGAAACAAGCAUGGUGGACUUUGUCACCUUGGUGCCACCCUCUUGAUAGUUGUCACCCAUGCAUUGCAACUGCAGUGUUUUUGCAUCGUGAAGCUCUUCUCUUUGGGAGUUGACCUGGAGCUCAGGUUCUCUGAACCCUGGAGAGCUUCUGCCAGCCAGGGGAGGCAAAGCUGAACUCAUUGUGUUGGUGCUGUUAACACAGUGCGCUGUUGGGGGGCUUGUAGGAACACCUCGGAGACCUCCAAAUAUAAGAAGGGAACAAGUGGUGGGGAAAUGUCAAUGGAUGUUCAGUGUUAGAAACUCAGAUAUAUAAGCUAAUCACCAAAUGGCACCUUAAACCUUGGUUAAGGUCACCACAACAGAAUGUCUGGACGUCAUUUUUCCUUCUACAGUCACAUUUAUUGUUAUUCAUUUCAUUUUAUUUCUAUACUGCUUCAUAUUAAAAAAGCAACCUUCAAAGCACUUGAAAAUAUCAAAUCAAACAAUCCAGAAUAAAACAAAUUAAAGAUUCAAGGAAAAUAUUUCAGAUCCUACUCUUAAGUGGACAUUUUGCUUUCCUUGUACAGUGGUACCUCGGGUUACAGGCGCUUCAGGUUACAGACUCCGCUAACCCAGAAAUAGUACCUUGGGUUAAGAACUUUGCUUCAGGAUGAGAACAGAAAUUGUGCUCCAGUGGCGCAGCAGCAGCAGGAGGCCCCAUUAGCUAAAGUGGUGCUUCAGGUUAAGAACAGUUUCAGGUUAAGAACAGACCUCCAGAACGAAUUAAGUACUUAACCUGAGGUACCACUGUAUUUAUUUACCUACCUGCCCCAUAGCAGAAUUACUCUAGGAAGCUUGUGUGGUGCAGUGGUUAGAGUGACGGACUAGGACCUGGGAGAUCAGGGUUCAAAUCCCCACUCAGUCAUGAAGAUCACUGGGUGACCUCAGGCCAGUCACAGCCUGUUAACCUACCUCACAGGGUCGUUGUAGGGUUUAACUGAGGGGGUGGGGGAGAACCAUGGCCUCAUUGGAGAAAAAGGUGGGAUAUAAACGCAGUGAAUAAGCUCUUACCUGCUUAGGAAAGCUGGAGGGAUCAGCCAGAUGGAGAUGUCAGUCACCAACGUAGGCAGCCAGAAAUCUCCACCUGUUCGCAAUUGGACCUGCGCUAGUUGCAAAAUGCGCCUGGCGCCUAGCUAAUUUCUAACGCUGGUGACCCCCUUCUCUCUCCUUGAUCCAAACACAUUUGCACUGUGCCCCACCCCACCCCCCCGACUUUACCCUUCCCCAGCAAUACUUUGGAACUAGAUUUGGGGAAUCCUCAAGGCUUCUCGAUGAGGGCUGCAAGAGGACAUUGGAUUCCAGAAAGGAGAUUCCAACAAAACACAGUUCUCCCCACUCGUUUAAUCCGCACAACAACCUUGGGAGGUAGGUUAGGCUGAGAGGCAGCGACUAGCCCCCCAGGUCAUCACCCCUUGAGCUUCAUGUGACCAAGUGGGGAUUUGAACCCUUGCCCCCCCCAGGUCCUAGUCCAACAUGCUAAGCAUGCUGAUUCUUGUGCUAAAUGGGGGGUGUGGUAGGAGAAAUCGGCAGAAGCCACAGGGAAGCUGCUUGAAUACAAUAGAGCCUCCUGCAGUCUGAUGCCCUACCAAUGCUUGGGGCUGUAGCUGCUUCUGUUGUGCUGCCUGGGGCUGAUGGAAGUUGCAGUUUGGGAAGGAUGGAAUGCAGCAAGACUGAGCUUGCCUUCGCUUUCUAUUGUCAGGACUGUGUCGGCAAAAUUUGUUUGAAUUGCACACAGAACUUUGCACCUUCACCAAAACAGGGGCUUUGAAAAAAACAAAGAGUACUACUGUACUAGUCUCCAGGGGUCUUUUGGAGAUACAGUGGUGCCUCGGGUUACAGACGCUUCAGGUUACAUACGCUUCAGGUUACACACUCCGCUAACCCAGAAAUAGUGCUUCAGGUUAAGAACUUUGCUUCGGGAUAAGAACAGAAAUCGGGUUCCGGCGGCGCAGCGGCAGCAGGAGGUCCCAUUAGCUAAAGUGGUACCUCAGGUUAAGAACAGUUUCAGGUUAAGAACAGACCUCCAGAACGAAUUAAGUACUUAAUCCGAGGUACCACUGUACUGGAACUGGCUCAAAACAAAACAGAAAACGUUGAAAGGGCACGGCCUGCUGUAUCCAUUUGGCUGCUGGCGCGCAGGAGACAAAGCUGGGUUUAUCCUUUGGAUCGUAGAAUUGGAAGGGACCCCUGAGGCUCAUCUGGUCCACCCCCCGCAAGUGCAGGAAUCUCAGCUGAAGAAUUCAUGACAGACAGCCAUCCAGCCUCUGUUUGGAAACUUGCAACAGAUGAGAGCUUACCACCUUCCAGAAGUUCUUUCUGAUGUUUGUUCCUUGAGUGGUGGAUUUGCAGGGGCGGGGGAUCCCCCGUUAGGUGUGAAAAGGCUUCCCCUAAUUCUGGGGACUUUGUGGAGAAAAUCCCAAGUGCCAGGGGUGAAACCAUCCUUUCUGAAGAAACAGCGCGGAUUCUUCUACUUCACCUUCUAUCUCCUCUUGUCAACUGUGUCAACUGCACGGUUUCAGACAUCUGGGGCUGGUUUCUCUCCUCCGCCGGCUUCCACGCAUGUGACCGCAUUUGUUCCACUGCCGUGCAAAAUAACUCUCCCUUUCUGCCUGACCCGAGGCCGCAGGGAAAGAACUUGAUGUGAAAGACAUUUGUCCCUUGAUGCGGCGCAAAAAGCCGCUGAUUUCCUGUAUAAGCUCAUGGGGUGUGCGGCAGCUGUGAAGAAACAAAUUACGUGCUAGGGGCCAUUAGGAAACAAAUUGAAAAUAAAAGUGCCAGUAUUAUAAUGCCAUUACACAGAUCUAUGGUGUAGGCCAGGGGUCGGCAAGGUUUACCUCGCCUGGGCUGGUUCACCCCAGCGGAGAUCCCUCCAUGGGCCGCAUUGUGCAUGCACGUGAUUUCCAGCAUCUUCGUCUGCGCAGGCACAAUUUCCGGCGCCGCGGAAGCGAGUCCCUGCGCAGUACUGUGCCGGUUUAGCGCGGGGACUCACAGAGCAGGUGGCUCGGUUCAGUGGCGGCUCGUGGGCCGGUUAAACAACCCCUGUGGGCCGCUUGUGGUCCAUGGGCCUUAGGUUGCCUACCCCUGGUGUAGGCCAUGUUUGGAGUACUGUACUCUCUCUGUGUGUUUUGUGGGGGUUGUGCCGUUGGGCUCCACAGCCGAUUUCUGCUCCCUGUAAGGCUUCCCCAAGACAGCAGUUCCUGCUUUUGGCUCAUGUAACUCAAGCAGAUGGGCUUUAAAGAUGCAUGCAAACACACAAACAGAGACACGGCUCCUCUUACCCCUCUUACCCCUCCGAAUGUCAGGAUGCAACCCCAGGCUCUUCCAGACAAGAAGCGAUCACCUCUUGGUGUGCAAGGAGCUGGCGCAAAAUGCCCUUCCCUUGCGCCAGGGUUUCACUCGCACCCAAAGUGGAUGGUUUUAUUUUUAUUUAUUUUUUCCUGGACAGAGCAUCUGGGCCCCUGGAUUGAGGAGAGGUGGUUGGAGAGGUGAUUCCUGCGAGGGAUUGGGGCUGGGAACUUGGGGGUGGGAGUUGUUGUUUUGUCUCUGGUUUUGUUCUUUCUUUCAUCGAGGUUGCAUCCAGUGCUGGCCCUAACUCAGAGUUGUUGUUGUUGUUUAGUCGUGUCCGACUCUUUGUGACCCCCUGGACCAGAGCACGCCAGGCACUCCUGUCUUCCACUGCCUCCCGCAGUUUGGUCAGACUCAUGUUUGUAGCUUUGAGAACACUGCCCAACCAUCUCGUCCUCUGUUGUCCCCUUCUCCUUGUGCCCUCCAUCUUUCCAUCCUCAGGGCUGAUUUCCUUCAGAAUGAAUAGGUUUGAUCUUCUUACAGUCCAUGGGACUCUCAAGAGUUUCCAUCACCAUAAUUCAAAAGCAUCAAUUCUUCGGCGAUUAGCCUUCUUUAUGGGUAGACAUGUUGAAAUGAAUGGCCACAACUAACUCGGUCAGGCCCAUUAAUUUUAGUGCGUCUGGCCUUAUCCUGUGUGUGUGUGUGUGUGUGUGUGUGUGUGUGCGAGAGAGAGAGAGAGAGAGAGAGAAUAAGAGCCGUAAGGUAAGAAAAAUAUUUAAGGAACCUGGACAGUUAAGACCAGUCAAAGGCGACUAUGGGCUCGUCUUGCUUUCAGGCCAUGGGAGCUGGCGUUUGCCUACAGGCAGCUUUCUGGGUCAUGUGGCCAGCAUGACUAAACCACUUGUGGCGCAACUGAACACUGACAGAAACCAGAGUGCACAGAAACGCCGUUUACCUUCCCUCUACCUAUUUAUCUACUUGCACUUGUGUGCUUUCAAACUGCUAGGUUGGCAGAAGCUGGGACAGAGCAACAGGUGCUCACCCUGUUGUGUGGAUUCAAACCGCUGACCUUCCGAUUGGGAAGCCCAAGAGGCUCAGUGGUUUAGACCACAGCGCCACCCGCAUCCCUAUAAGAGAUGUAGAGUUGGGGCGCCAAGGGUCAUUUAGUCCAAGAGAUAUGGACAUUCAACAAAGGAGAUGCCACCACCUUCCAAGGGAGUCCCAUCCACUGCCAAAUAGCUCUUACCCUCAAACAUUCUUCCUGGUGUUUGUUCUUCAGUUUCUCUCUCUACCUUCUCCUUCCUCUCACCGUUGGGAGGCAGUAAAUGCCCCCCAAAUCCCUGGACGGGAUGCCAGGCCUGAGCCACCUUCAGGGCUCGUCUUCUGUUCUUCUGGGCAUCCAUCUGCCAGCCCCUUUAUCCCUCCUUUGGGCCAAGAAGGAAAUUGUGACUACCCACCUUGCAGGUUGUAUAGUUGGAUGGGCCCCUGUGGAUUGUCCAGUCCCUUGCAUUGUAAGAAUACAGAGGUACCUCGGGUUACAGAUGCUUCAGGUUACAGACGCUUCAGGUUACAGACUCUGCUAACCCAGAAAUAGUACCUCGGAUUAAGAACUUUGCUUCAGGAUGAGAUCAGAAAUCGUGCAGUGGCGGUGGCGCGGUGGCAGUGAGAGGCCCCAUUAGCUAAAGUGGUGCUUCAGGUUAAGAACAGUUUCAGGUUAAGAAUGGACCUCCGGAACGAAUUAAGUACUUAACCUGAGGUACCACUGUAUGCAGCUGCCCCAUAUGGGUAUCGAACCUGCCACCUUGGCAUUAUCAGUUCCACACUCUAACCAGUUGUGGUGGAGUCCCAGAAUCCUCAGAUGUUGCUACUGGCACCUACUAUUUUUUAUUUUGCAAAAAACAACACCACAGUGUUUCCAGGUCCAGAUGCUGGAGAAUGUGUGUGCUUCUGGCUUGUGUUGAGGUUUGGAAGCUCGACAUCUGCUUCCACUUAGGCCUGUUCUUCCGCGUGACACUGUCAGAUUCCCUGGACGGGAGGCUGUGUUGACUCGUUCUGUAAUUGGCAUUUUCAGAUCCAAUAUCCGAAAUGUGCUCGUCUUAUUGUCAUGCUGUGUGUGUGUGUGCGCGCGCACGCAAGGAAGAUGUUUUCGAUUGCUCUGGGAGUGGCAGAGAAGUAGGAAAGGGGGAAAUAAUUUGAGACAGGGAGCGGUGAUUUCCUCCUUCAAAUAAAAUAAAAUAAAAACCGUGCUGCAAUCUGGAGCAAAGCAUUUCCUCCGCAGGAAGGAUCGAAUAGCAAACUGGAGUCUCUGUGGGAUUCACCCCAUGGAGAAGCAUGUGGCAUCUUUUUUAAAGCUCUCUGGGUAGGACGGGAGACUGCUGCUUGUUUGGGCUUCCCCCAUCCAGGGCAUCUGGUUAGCCAUUGUGAGAACAGGAGGCUGGAUUAGAUGGGCCCCAUUUGGCCUGAUCCAAGCGGGUCUUUCUUAUGUACUUACCGUAUUUUUUGCUCUAUAAGACUCACUUUUUCCCUCCUAAAAAGUAAGGGGAAAUGUGUGUGCGUCUUAUGGAGCGAAUGCAGGCUGCGCAGCUAUCCCAGAAGCCAGAACAGCAAGAGGGAUUGCUGCUUUCACUGCGCAGCGAUCCCUCUUGCUGUUCUGGCUCCUGAGAUUCAGAAUUUUUUUCUUCUUGUUUUCCUCCUCCAAAAACUAGGCGCGUCUUGUGGUCUGGUGCGUCUUAUAGAAUGAAAAAUACGGUAACUGUGAAGGAACUGGCUUCAGAGUGGCUGGAAGGUUUUGAAAAAGAUCAAUAGAAAAGCUCUCCCUACCUGGACUUUGAGAGGGGGGUGGGCUUUGCAGAAAGCAAGUGAAGGGUGCCAAGUUGGAAAGAUGCCUCUGUGCUUCAUACAUUUCAAACACAUUUUCUCUCCCUCCCCCGGAAGAGGGAACUGUAGCUUGCAGAGUUGCAAUUUCCAGCACCCUUAACAAACUACGAUGCCCAGGAUUCUCGUAUGGUGCGUUGGCAAGCCAGCAUGUUUUCAUAAGCACACUUUAAUAAGUUCCACAGUUUUAACUAUGCGGUGCAUGACAAAGGGCUUUCAGCUGUGCUGAAUCUUCCCACAUUCAGCUUCGUUAAACGUCCACAAGUUCUAGCGUUACGAGGGCAGGAGAAAAAACUUUCUCUGCCUGCUCUUUUCACGCCGUGCAUUAGUUUUAUGAACUUCUGUAAAGCCAAGAACAAGAGUGCCUCUGAAGAGGUACAGAAUGCCCCCACCUCCGAGUCAUCCAAAUGAUGCCCGGGGCCAGAGCCUUCUGGGUCAGCGAGCAUGGCUUUGAAACCUGCGUGAGCCUUUGCGUCAGGAAAUAGGGCCAUGCGGUUCAGUGAUCCCACAGCUACGGCGUUCAGCAAAAUCGGGGGAGCCACUGCAAAAAAAGGAAGGUUUUAUUUGCUUAUUAAUUGGGAAAUAGUAAUCAUGAAAUGUAAGGGACGUGGGUGGCACUGUGGGUUAAACCACAAGGCCUAGGGCUUGCCAAUCAGAAGGUCAGCAGUUUGAAUCCCCACGACGGAGUGAGCUCCCGUUUCUCGGUCCCAGCUCCUGCCCACCUAGCAGUUCAAAAGCAUGUCAAAGUGCAAGUAGAUAAAUAGGUACCGCUCCAGCGGGAAGGUAAACGGCGUUUCCGGGCACUGCUCUGGUUCGCCAGAAGCGGUGUAGUCAUGCUGGCCACAUGACCCGGAAGCUGUCUGCAGACAAACGCCAGCUCCCUUGGCCAGUAAAGCGAGAUGAGUGCCGCAACCCCAGAGUCAUCCGCGACUAGACCUAACGGUCAGGGGUACCUUUACCUUUUAAUCAUGAAAUGUGCCCCAGUUCUGCAGCCAUUCUAAGCACGUUCUCCUCUCUUCGUGGCGUUUUGGCUGAGUAAUGCUUGAUGAAGACAGGCAACUCCCAUUUUGUGUGCAUGCAAGACACGCGAGAUUGCUGACACGCGUGACAUUUUCAGCCCCAGAAAGGAGUGGGGUGGGCUUAUGCAUGCUCCUGUACACCUUCCCUACCUGCCCAUGCUCCUCCUUUGCAGAAGUCCUGGAGGCUGUCAUGAAUGAAGAGGCAGGACAAAAUGAAGGCAUAUGUAAGGGUACUUCUCGAUUCUGCUUUGGUCAGACCACACCUGGAAUACUGUGUCCGGUUCUGGUCGCCAUGAUUUAAGAAGGAUGUUGACCACUUGGAACGUGUGCAGAGGAGGGCAUUGAAGAUGAUGAGGGGUCUGGAAACUAACCCUGGUUGAAGGAGCUGGGUCUGUUUAGCCUGGUAAAGAGGAGGCUGAGAGGAGAUAUGAUAGCCAUCUUCGCAUGUCUUAAGGGCUGUCACGUGGAAGAUGGAGCAAGCUUGUUUUCUCCUGCUCCAGAGGGUAGAGCUGAAACCAGUGGCUUCAAGUUACAAGAAAGGAGAUUCCAAAGGAUGAACUUUCUGACCGAGCUGUUGGGGCAGUGAAACGGUCUCCCUCGGGAAGUUGUGGUCUCUUCUUCAUUAGAAGUUUUUAAGCGGAGGUUGGAUGGCCAUCAGUCAUGGAUACCGUAGUUGAGAUUCCUGCAUUGCAAGGAGUUGGACUGGAUCACCCUCCAUCAACUCUGGGUGGGGGUGGAGAUCUGGAUGGCUCUGUUCUGCAUUGGCAUUUUGACCAGCCUCAGAGGCAUCCAGUGUUUUGACGUUGACCAGAAGUGCGGAUCCUGCCCUGCAAGGCUGGUGUGGAAGCUGGGCCUUCUCUGGGCAGGCAGUGUGGUGGUGUAAACAUUCCUAGAGGUGUGGCUCACGGUCUUGUUGGCCGACAGGAAGCGGGAAACAAACCCUUAAGGUACUUUGACGAAGGACCACAGCUUAGGUCCCAGGUUUGCUGAAACCCUGGAGAAACCACUGCCAGUUAGUGCAGAGAGAAUCCUACCUAGGAAGACCCUGCUGGAUCAGUCCUGUGGCCCAUCUGUUCCAGCAUCCUGUCCUCAUGGGACAACCAGAUGCCCCAAAGGGAAGCCUGCAAGCAGGACUCAAACACAAGGGCAACUCUCCCCUCCUGCAGUUUCCAGCAGCUGGUAUUCAGAAGCAUUCCUGCCCCUGGCUGUGGAGGCAGAUGAAAGCCAUUGAUUCCAGUAGCCAUUGGUCACCCUCUUCCCACCCACCUGCCGAAUAAUUUGUCUAAUCCUCUUUGAAAGACAUCCAAACUGGUGGCCUUUACUGCCUCCUGUGGGAGUGAGUUCCAAAGUUUCACCCCCCAACAUUAAGCUUCAUUCAUUCUGAGGUCUGGGUCAGGCUUAGGAAGCUUUCUGUUCAACUCAGAACUUUAUUGCAAGCCAUGAGGACUAGAAUCUUCCUUUUUAAAGGAAGGGCCAUAGCUCAGGGGUGGUGCCCCCUGUUUUGCAUGCAGAAGGUCCCCAGUUCAACCCCCCCACAACUGCAUUACCAGGUAGGGCUGGGAGAAGACUCCCUGCCUCAAGGUCUUGGAGAGUCUCUGACUGUCAGUGUAGACAGUACUGAACUAGAUCGAUCCACACCCUUAACAAGCUACAGUAGUCAUUGGGGAUUGAUCUUGGAUCCUUCUGCCUGCCAAGCAGGUGUUCCAUGGAGGCGCACGUCAAUUCUGUGUCCAGGACAGCUGUCUACCAGCUCCAUCUGGUAUGCAGGCUGAGAACCUAUCUGCCCGCGGACUGCCUCACCAGAGUGGUGCAUGCUCUGGUUAUCUCUCACUUGGACUACUGCAGUGUGCUCUGUGUGGGGCUACCUUUGAAGGUAACCCAGAAACUACAACUAAUCCGGAAUGCGGCAGCUAGACUGGUAACUGGAAGUGGCCACCGAGACCAUAUAACACCGGUCCUGAAAGACCAGCAUUGGCUCCCAGUACGUUUCCAAGCACAAUUCAAAGUGUUGGUGCUGACCUUUAAAGCCCUAAACGGCCUCGGUCCAGUAUACCAGAAGGAGCGUCUCCACCCCCAUCGUUCUGCCCGGACGCUGAGGUCCAGCGCCGAGGGCCUUCUGGUGGUUCCCUCAGUGCGAGAAGCUAAGUUACAGGGAACCAGGCAGAGGGCCUUCUCGGUAGUGGCACCCGCCCUGUGGAACGCCCUCCCACCAGAUGCCAAAGAGAACAACAACUACCAGACAUCUGAAGGCAGCCCUGUUUAGGGAAGCUUUUAAUGUUUGAUGCAUUACUAAAUUUUAAUAUUUUGUUGGAAGCCGCCCAGAGUGGCUGGGGAAGCCCAGCCAGAUGGGCAGGGUAUAAAUAAAUUAUUAUUAUUAUUAUUAUUAUUAUUAUUAUUAUUCCAGCCCUGGGUCCUUCAAGGUUUGCCUUCCCCACCAGAGCAUCCCUGGUGCUUGACCGCGCAGGGGGCCGUGGCACAGUCCCAUCUACACCGAUGGACCCUGCUUUCACACCCACCCACCCACCCUGAGAGAGCCCUUGGUCCAGGUAGCCUCCCUCUCCCAGCCCAGAGAUGAGACCCAUGCUCUGAACUCUGCUGCCACCAGAGGGCUGAGUCAGCAGCCGGCAGGCUUCCAGGCCUCCCAGUUGGAGAGUGGCUUUGUUUGGGAUAUCUUAUGCCUCCGGCGCCGCUGCGCGAGGAAUCCAGCAGAGUCCCCUAAGUUCAUCAGCAGGAGGGAGGGUUGCCAAAGACAACACCCCCAGUUGGGUGGGGACAGAGGAGGCGCGGGAGCCUGUGCGUGCACUGCAAAACUCUGUGCAUGCACCGCGGAACGCGCUCCUGCAGGAGGCUGGGGUGGCUUGAAAAAGAGGACGAGGGACAUUCAUGGAGAGGGGAGAAGGCUCCCUAUGGCUGCUACCCACAAUGGCUGGACUUCUCAAUGGCUCUUGCAGGAAAUGGCAGGAGGGGAGCCGGGUCUUGUGUUCAAAUUCCACUUGAGGGUUUCCCCAUUGGGGCACCUGGUCAGCCACUGUGAGAACAGGACGCCGGGCUAGUUCGGUCCUUGCCCUGAUUCAGCUGCCGGCUAUUUUUAUUUCAAUUUGAUUCCCUUCCCCUCUUCUUUUUUCCCUUUCUCCUCCUGCGAUGGAACUCUUAUUUGGGGACUUCGCUGGCUUUUUGCUGGUCCAUGUAGGACCAGUCUGGAACGUUAGCCUUGGUGAAGACCUGACGUUUUCAUCCCCCAAAAAGUUUUUGAUUUGAGUUUCCAUUGAAAGGAGGCUGUGUUUUAAUGUUUAAUGUUGUGUUUUAGUCUUGUUUUUAAGUUGCAUUUCAAUCAAUUUGUUUUUGUAUUGCGUGUUAACCACCCUGAGCCCGGUCUUGGCUGGGGAGGGCGGGGUAUAAAUAAAAUUUAUUAUCAUUAUUAUUAUUUUCUCGGAUUUGUGUACGUGUGCACUCAUACGGGAGAGAGGAGGCUGUCAGUCUUGUGCUUCUGGAUUCCUAAUGUGGCACUGCCUCUGCAGAAGCUGGCUGCCAAUUUCCUUUGACCAAUAGCCCUUUGUCAUCUGGGAGAGGUGUCAGGGCAGGGGGGGUGUAGUCAGAUGGGCACAAGACUAGUGGGGUACUCCUCUUAGCCGAAAUAGGUGGUGGACUCUUCCUUCCUUGGAGGUUUUUAAGCAGAGGUUGGGUGGCCCACCUGUCAUGGCUGCUUUAGCUGAGAUUCCUGCAUUGCGGGGGGUUGGACUAGAUGACCUGGGGGGGCCCUUCCAUGGUUCUAUGACCCCUUGCCCUGCCUGCCCAUAAUCCCCCUUUAAAAUCCCUUUAAAACAGACACACCUCUCGGCAGGCACAGUGGGGAGAUGGCCUUUCAGAUAACCCACAAUAACCCCCUCUCAUGUCCCAUCGAGGGAGAUGUGUUUGUGGCUUCUGUAGCUCAGAAGGAAAACGGAGAUCUGUGGGAACUGGGCAGGGGAAUGCAGGGUCCCUGGGAUCUGUUUCCUUGGCACCUAUGGAGCCGCAGGCCCCCCAGAGAGCGGCAGCCCAUGCCAGCCCCAGGCGCCGCAAGGAGUAUCCGAGCAGGAAACAGGAAAGAGGCAGUUAAGCCCUCUUGGAUGCGAGCCGAGAGAGAGACUGGCCCGAGAAAGGCGGCGAGGGGGUGCAGAGUCCCACGCGCUGUGUUUUACAGAGAGGUUUAAGAACAUGAGAAGUGUCUCCUUAUAUCUGGCCAGUAGUCCGCAGAGUCCAGCAUCCUGUUCUCACAGGGGCCUGUGGAAAACCAAGCAGGAUUCGAACACAAGAGCAGCCCCCUCUUCCCCUGCGCUUUCCAGCAACUGGGAUUCAGAAACAUUGCUUCCUCCGUGGAGGCAGAGCAUAGCAAUUUGCCUAAUCCCCUGUUACAGCCAUCCAAGUAGGUGGCCGGUCACUUCCUCCGGUGGCAGGGAGUUCCAGAGUUUAACUCUGGAGAAGUAAAAAGCCUUUCCCAAGGAAUAGAGAAAUGAUAGAAAAAAACAGAACUGUAGAGUUGAAAGGGAUCAUGAGGGUCAUCUAGUCCAACCCGCUGCAAUGGAGGAAUCACAGCUCAAGAAUCCCAGGUAGAGAGAAAUCCAGAGAGCUGCUGCCAGUCAGUGUAGGCAAUACGGAACUUUACGGAGCAAUUCUCCUGCCUCUGUGCAAAUCAGUUUCUUCUAUCCCUAUUUAGAUCAUUCCUUUAUUCAGAAUCAUGAGGACUAGAUUCUCUCUUUUAAGUUUUAGUGGAAGAGGGUUGGCACGGGGUCCCCUGCCUGAAAAACACACACACACCCCAGAAAGCUGCUGCCGGUCAGUGUAGACAAUCUUGCUCAGCCAAAGGCUCCGUAAGGGUCUCCAUGACUGGAGGCAGAAAUGCUUCUGAAUUCCAGGUGCUGGAGAGGGGCUGAGCGAGGCGGGCAGGUGACGAGUGGCGCAGAGUCCAGCCGCCGCCACUACCGCUGGCCGUGAGCAAGACGGGACGUCCCUGCUGAGGAAUGCGGCUUGGCUUCCUGUUUUCCGCUGCCUGUGCCAGUCCUUCUGUUUGGAAACGUCCCCAUCAGUGGUGGCCUGGGGGGGGGGGUGACAGGGGGAAAGACCUUCGGUGGUUUGAAAAGGAGGGUUUACUUCAGGCUAAGGAGAGGGUUGCAUAAGCUUGCUGCCCCCCCCCUUGCUGGGUGGAGGGGGGGUGCAGUGGGCGGUCUGCCUGCCUGGCUGGCUUCUGCGCUUCCUUGUGUUAUAAUUGCUCAGUAACGUUAGAUUUCCAGGCGGCGCGAGAGGCUCGCAUCCCGGUGCAGCGGAUGCCCUGCACGGCGGUGCUGGCAGGCGUCGUCUCUGCUGCCCGGGUGCCCCCACUCCCUGGCUUCCCAUGGGAGGAGGAAGAGGAGGAAGCUGCAGGGGAUUUGGCGGCAGCAGCCCUGACACGGGUCCAGUCCUGCAGGAUAAUCGGAUAGGGCUUGGACAGGUGGCCUUUGUGCGUUCAGCAUGGCUGCGCGCUGCACGGGACAGAGCCUCCCUCCCACCUCAGGCUUGAGCUGACCACUGCAGUGUCCCCUGUGGGCACGCUCUUGAGGGUGGCAUGGAGUCACUCAGGGAUUCUGUUUUGCAUUUGGCCUUGCAGAUGUCGACCUACAAGAGAGCCACCCUGGAUGAGGAGGAGCUGGUGGACUCCAUGGAAGGAGAGGUCUACCCCAACGGGAUACAGGUAAGAGCUGCUUGGUUGUACGUGGAAGUGGGGCACAAGGUGCGUUUGCAUGCUGGAGAUUCCUUGGUGGCUUCACCUGUUGGUUGCCUGCCUGGGGCCAGGAGCUUUCUCCCUGCUCUUGAGGGCAAGUGGGAUCUCUCCGCUGCCCCUCAAAAGGGAGCAUGGUCUGCAUUGGGGAGUGGGCUCCCUUCCAAGGCGACUGCAGUGCAUCUGAUCUCCCUCUGGGAGACCCCUCUGCCCUCCUUGGAGGCUUUCCGGGGGGGGGCGGGGGGCCUCUGCUCUUAGAGGUAAGAACAUAGUCCUGGGUGGGUGGGUGUGCAAACAUCUCUUUGCAAGAAGAGGACAGGAAAGGGGUUCCUGAUUUAACCUAACAGGACCCUGGUGGGCUUUCUGUCCUAAAACACACACGUUUGGUACUUCCCUUCUAAUCCGGCGCCAUCCUGUCCAGUUCAUACUCCAAUCUGUCGCUGACCGCAUGAGGACUAGCUGCUUGGGCUGUAGGCAAAAGGCAGCUGCUUCCUCCGAUCAGCUUUGUGGCUCAGGAAAGAGCAACAGGCAACCUGCUGAUUAUGCGGCGUCUCUGCCGCCUUUUAUGAGAGAUUCUGUGAGACUCAAAUUAUGGACCCUAAUCGGAGCUUUAUAGGUGCACCCCAAAUCGAGAAUAGCCAAUGUGGUGCUCCCAUCAUUCCUGACUUCUGGCCACGCUGACUGCUGUGACUAGUGGCAGUUGGAGUCCAGUGUGAUAAAUCCAGAACUCUGUUUGCAGGAUAUACUGUGGCUCUGCAACCUUUAUUGUGACACUGUCUGGUCUUCUAGAGCAGUUGUUUCCCAAACUUGGGUCUCCAGCUGUUUUUGAACUACAACUCCCAUCAUCCCUAGCUAGCAGGACCAGUGGCCAGGAAUGAUGGGAACUGUAGUCCAAAAACAGCUGGAGACCCAAGCUUGGGAAACACUGGCAGAGGCAGGUUCUCAGUUCGAAAUUAAAACACAGACUGUCCUUGCGGCACUAGCUGGCUCAGUAUAUAUCACGGGGAGCAGUGCCUCCAAACAGAAUCAUAGAAUUGGAAGGGAUCCCCAAGGGUCAUCCAAUCCAACCCCCUGCAAUGCAGGAACCGCAUAUAAAAAAUCCCUGCCAGGUGGCCCUCCAACCUCAACCUCUUGCACAGCUGCUGGUGGCGAAUGACCUGCCUGUCAGCCACUGAUCCCUACACCAGUGGCCACCUUUUGGGGACAGGCUCCCACGUUGGGGUGUGCACUGAGCCAGCCCCUCUCUAUUCCCCAAAACAAUCCCAUUAAGUAGGUGCUUGCUGAUGAAUGUCUUCCUGACCUGGAGGAGAUGCAGCCUGGUUGUAGCAUCUGUGAAUAAUUAUUCACAGCUGCUUCUGAAGGAGGGAGGUGGGGGACAACGGCUAAGACAGGGGUCUGCAACCUUUAAGACAAAAAGAGCCACUUGGACCCGUUUCCGAUGAAAAAAAGACCUGGGAGCCGCAAAACCAUUGCGACAUUUAAAACAAAUAUAUCUCCGGAGCCGCGAUCUGACAGCAGGCGGGAAGGUGACGUCGGGACGGUGCGUGACUAACGCACGCACCGCCCCCAUGCGAUGUCACAGCCAGUACAGCGCCCGCCACAGUGGGGAGUGUCAGGGCGCACAAUGCGCCUCCUCCCCUCGCUAGUAUCUGCCCCGGAGCCGCGGCAAAGGUGUAAAAGAGCCACAUGUGGCUCCGGAGCCGCGGGUUGCAGACCCCUGGACUAAGACAACACACCUUUCCCUAUUAAAUGAGGUGAGGGGCCUUGGAUAGGGCAAGGAAAGUCCAGGAGGACCUGAGGUCCAGGAGGACCCCCCACCCCUCAGAAGGGGUUUGCUUCUCCCCGGUGGCGGCUCAUGAUGGAAGGUUGUGCUCCGGCUCCUGAGCACAUCCCAAGUGCACAGCCUCUCUGUGUCUCCCCACCAUCCCACCCCACCCCCCGCCAUUGGGACAUCCUUAAUUCUCAAGAUUUUAACCUAAGGAGGCAGGUUUUAUGUUUCUAGUCUCAGUUUGGUGCUGGGUUUCCUGGAUUCUGUCUAAACCACUCUGAAAUCCCCAGAACACUGGAAGCUGCCUUACACUGAGUGGCCCAUCUAGCUCAGUAUUGUCUGCACUGACUGGCAACAGCAGCUCUCCAGGAUUUCAGAUUGAAGUCUCGCGUACCGGGAUACUGAACCCGAGACCUCCUGCAGGCAGAGCAGGUGCUCUGCCCACCGAGCUUUGGCCCUUCCCCGUGUGGGGAGCUGCUUUUAUGCAGAGUUAGGCCACUGGUGCACCUAGCUCAGUGUUGCUUGCACUGGCUGGCAGCGGCUCUCAAGAGUUCGAGGCCAGGGUUGCCCGGAUCCGGAUCCUGGGGCUUUCUGCAUGCAAGGCACUCAGCCAUCAAGCCUUUCCCCCAAGAUUUCCUACCCACCCCAGUUCCUUGAGGGCAGAGAAGGCUGCCGUGUGUCCUUUGGAUAAGUCUGCCACUGUCUCUGGCACAAGUCACAGUUCCUUCCUAUGCAAGCAUUCCUGGGACACCUUGAAUUGUUGGACCGUGAGCCUGCAUGGAUUUUUGCCAGGCAGGAAGUAGAAGCAAGUUGGGGAUCAUAGAGUAGGGAUAUGCGCUGUUUUUGUGUUAUUUUGAUAGUACUUUUUAUUGAAUUUUAUCCAUGCAGCCGAAAGAACAGAAGAGAAUUUCAUGGACUGAAAUAACGUAGGGCAAACGAAACUGAUCUUUUAGUAUCAAGGCAUCAAGGCAUCACCAGUGACAGAGGCCCCUGGAGUGGGGAGGGAGUAGAAUCAGAUGGAGAGGGUUUGCAAUGCAGGAAGAUGAUUUAGACUGAAUCAGACUCACGGGAGCUCAGUGUGGUCAGCACUGACAGGCAGCAGGCAGCUUUUCCCAGCGCUACCAGGAGAUGCUGCCAGUGGGGAUUGAAUCUGGGGCCUUCUACAUCCCAAGCAGGGACUCUGCCAAAGAGGGAUGGUCCUUCCUGAGUCUUCCUCCUGAUCUGCCCACCAUCACUGUAUAUUCCUUUUGUUUUUCCUCUCCCUCUGGGCCCCCACUUUCUUCCUCUCCCCUCCCCUUUGCCUGAAAAACUUGUUCUGGGCUGAGAGAUUGUUUGUUUGGCCUGUCCCAGCCCCCUCUUUGAAACCAAAUCUUUAUCCCUUGGGGAAGAAAGAAGCAAAUACUCAACUCCCCUCUUUGUUCUCCAUCAAGCAAAUCUUCAAGAACAACAGCAACCACCCCAAACCCUCCCCAGCUUUUGGAAGCCAGGUGGGGAGUGAUAGGGCCAGAAACCUGCUCAGGUGUGUUUGCAUGACUAAGGCUGACCUCUGCGCUACUUCUGCCGCUGGGAUGGUUUCAAAACCCUCUUUUUUUAUUACUAUAUUUAUAACCCUUGUCUCGGUAUCUUGCAAAUGACGCAAUCCAGGGGCACUUAAAAUCACAACAGUCAUUAAACAAUUUUUAAUGACCUGGGAAAAUAAGAGCACUAAACACAGAAGGAAGGAGAAACUCAAAAGUGACGAGAAGAAGCAUGGAUUAAAAGUGAAGGAUCCAGGCAUGAGCCCAAAAACCAGAAGGAUAAAGGCGGGUUGGGCUUCUGGAAGAGCCAGCCAAGAUCUAUGUAUCGGCAAGCAGAAAUCCUCACAGCUCUGCUGACACAGAGGCACGAGGAGCCACCUGAACAUAAGAAGAGUCUGCUAGUCACAGCAUUGUAGACCCAAAGGUCCUCUAGCCUAAACCCCUGCCAUGCAGCCUUCUGUUCUUGCAGUGCCCCAAUGGGUAACCCACAAGCAGGACCUGAGUCACCAGCAACUGGGAUUCAGAUGCCUCUGGCAGUGCCGGCAGAGGCCAGCAGCUAUCAGUAGCCUCAACCUCCAUGAAUUUGUCCAACCCUCUUUUAAAGCCAUCUAGGUUGGCGGCCAUUGCUUCCUCCUCUGUGCGAGGGAGUCCCACAGUUUAACUGUGCUGCAAUGAAGGAGGGCUUUAAUUUAUCGGUCCUUAAUAUUCCAACAUUCAACUUAACGGACGUCUUUGAAUUCUAGUGUUAUGAAAGAGGGAGAAAUAACUGGCACCAAACUGGGAGGGGUGGCUAACACCCCAGAGGACAGGAUCACACUUCAAAACGACCUUGACAGAUUAGAGAACUGGGCAAAAACAAACAAGAUGAAUUUUAACAGGGAGAAAUGUAAAGUAUUGCACUUGGGCAAAAAAAUGAGAGGCACAAAUGCAAGAUGGGUGACACCUGGCUUGAGAGCAGUACAUGUGAAAAGGAUCUAGGAGUCUUGGUUGACCACAAACUUGACAUGAGCCAACAGUGUGACGCGGCAGCUAAAAAGCCAAUGCAAUUCUGGGCUGCAUCAAUAGGAGUAUAGCAUCUAGAUCAAGGGAAGUAAUAGUGCCACUGUAUUCUGCUCUGGUCAGACCUCACCUGGAGUACUGUGUCCAGUUCUGGGCACCACAGUUCAAGAAGGACACUGACAAACUGGAACGUGUCCAGAGGAGGGCAACCAAAAUGGUCAAAGGCCUGGAAACGAUGCCUUAUGAGGAACGGCUAAGGGAGCUGGGCAUGUUUAGCCUGGAGAAGAGGAGGUUAAGGGGUGAUAUGAUAGCCAUGUUCAAAUAUAUAAAAGGAUGUCACAUAGAGGAGGGAGAAAGGUUGUUUUCUGCUGCUCCAGAGAAGCGGACACGGAGCAAUGGAUCCAAACUACAAGAAAGAAGAUUCCACCUAAACAUUAGGAAGAACUUCCUGACAGUAAGAGCUGUUCGACAGUGGAAUUUGCUGCCAAGGAGUGUGGUGGAGUCUCCUUCUUUGGAGGUCUUUAAGCAGAGGCUUGACAACCAUAUGUCAGGAGUGCUCUGAUGGUGUUUCCUGCUUGGAAGGGGGUUGGACUCGAUGGCCCUUGUGGUCUCUUCCAACUCUAUGAUUCUAUGAUUCUAACUCUCCUCUAUCCGCCGAGCAUCAUUCUUGGCAGCUAGAAUGUUGCCAGAGCUUCUGUGAUGUCACAGCAGCCCCAGCCAGUGGCAGGGGCCCAUCUUAGGUAGUGACCAGUUGUUGUUUUUAAGCAUGCUCUCAUUCCUGAUAGAAACGGGAGAUUUAGGAACGAGGCUGAUCCACUGAGGAAGCUUGGGCCUCCCCUUCCCGUCACGCCGGGUUGCCUGGAGGCGCUGAGGCCUUUCGUUCAUUUGGCUUGUCUUCCUGGACACUUCGAAGGCGGAACUGCCUGGCUCCUGUCUCUGUUCUCAUUAAAGAUCUUUCAAAAUCCAAAAAAAACAGCAGAACGUUCUCUUGCCAUAUUCGUCUCUAUUGUGAGUUCUGCAGCAAAGGAGAACAGCAAUGCAAGUCCCAGCAAUGCACGGGGAUCGCUGCCGGAUGCCACAGGCCUCAAUGCUUCCCUCUCUUCAGCUGGGAAAAGGGCUGCCUGCAGAACACGCCCUCCCUGACAGGUGGGCACCUUCGCUGUCAAAUAGGGAGUGAUCUUGCACCCGCCUCGCUGAGCUGAAGAAGCUCCGCCCCCAGUGCCUGUUGGCUGGGUGCACCCCUCUCUGCACGAACCUGCCAUGGGGCUGGCGUGUCUCCUCGGCCCAGAGCCAGCUGACUGCAGCUGAGGCAGACCAGAUGUUCUCCAGACUUACUGCUCUGUUGACAUGGGAUUUUGUGGGGAUGAGCUCCUUACCGUCAGGGUCUCCUGGGUGUCCAGCCUUCAGCUGGAUCAGCCCCAAAGGGGGGCACACCUAGCCCAGCACCCUCUUCUCCCAGUGGCCCCCCAGAUGCCCCAGUGGGGAAGCCCACAAGCACGGUCCAAGCAACUCUCCCCUCCUGGAGUCUGCAGCAACUAGGAUUCAGAAGCAUCCUACCUGCCCACAGACUGUCUUGCCAGAGUGGUGCAUGCUCUAGUUAUCUCCCGCUUGGACCACUGCAAUGCGCUCUAUGUGGGGCUACCUUUGAAGGUGACUCAGAAACUGCAGUUAAUCCAGAAUGCGGCAGCUAGACUAGUGACUGGGAGCGGCCACCGAGACCAUAUAACACCAAUCUUGAGAGAUCUGCAUUGGCUCCCAGUACGUUUCCGAGCACAAUCCAGUGUUGGUGCUGACCUUUAAAGCUCUAAACUGCCUCAAAGGCCCGGUAUACCUGAAGGAGCGUCUCCACCCCAUCGUUCAGCCCGGACCCUGAGAUCCAGCGCCAAGGGCCUUCUGGCGGUUCCCUCAUUGUGAGAAGUGAGGUUACAGGGAACCAGACAGAGGGCCUUCUCGGUAGUGGCACCCACCCUGUGGAACAUCCUCCCUUCAGAUGUGAAGGAAAUAAGCAGCUAUCCUAUCUUUAAAAGACAUCUGAAGGCAGCCCUGUUUAGGGAAGUUUUUAAUAUUUAAUGCUGUACUGUUUGUAACAUUUGAUUGGGAGCCACCCAGAGUGGCUGGGAAAACUCAGCCAGAUGGGCGGGGUAUAAAUAAUAAAUUAUUAUUAUUAUUAUUAUUAUUAUUAUUAUUAUUAUUAUUAUCACUUCCUCUGAUAGCAGAUGCAGAGCAUGCCUGCCAUGGCUAGUAGCCAUCGAGAGCCCUCUUUUCCAUGUAUUUGUCCAAUCCUCUUUUAAAGCCAUACAAGUUGGUCUGCCUCUAGUGGGAGGGAGUUCCGCAGUUUAACUCUGCACUGCAUUUAGAGGUCAUUUCUUUUAUCUGCCCUAAAUCUCCCAUCGUCAUUGGAUGUCAACGAGUUCUAGUGUUACGAGAGAGCGAGAAAAACUCUCCCCACCCCCCAAUUUCCCCAUGCUAGGCAUAAUUUUAUACACAUCUUUUAGGACAUCUAUUACUCUCCUUUUCUCUGAUCUGAAAAGCUCCAUGGUGGCUGUGGUUCAUACUGCAUGUUUGCCUGCCUUCAUCCUGGCAACAAUUCUUGGAGGUUUUGAUCUUGGUGGUGAUAUUGGGGUUCCUUUGCUGCAGUUGUUAAUACCCCCAUUUCACGGGUACAUUAAGAUGUGCAAGUGUGGAGUCUCGUGCUAUAACCCAGGGGCUGAUAUUUCUCGGCUUUGCUCCUCACCCUAAAAGAUGGGGGCACCCCAGAGGCCAUGCAGUCUGACCCCUCCCCCCAAAAGCUGGGAUCAGCACUGCCUGCCCCACUCCACCGCUGUCCUGUGUGAACGCAGGCUUUGCUGCAGAAACUCUGUGCUGCAGAAACUCAGCAGGACAGCAGGCUUUAGGUGACCCGAGUGAGUGAGCCAAGCCACAUUGUCUUGACAGCACAUGAACAUGCUCCUUGGAGUCAUUCCUCAUUGGGGAGCAGGGGCAUUGACCCCCAAUUAGACGGCUCUCUUAGAUCUAGAAGCCUUGUCCCUAGAUCUCUCCUCUGCCCUUCCUUUCACUGUCCUUUUGAAGGUCUGUGCUGCCCCAAAGAUGUGAAGGGGAUUGUUCCUGCCUCUUGCAGGCCAACUGACAUAACUGGACUCUCUCUUCCUUGGGAAGAUUUUAAGCAGAGGUCGGAUGGCAGGGAUUUUUGAGCCGUGCAUUGCAGGGGGUUGGGCUAGAUGAACUUUGGGGGGUACCAUCCAACCCUAUGAUCUGGGGGGGGGGGGGGAGAGAGAGAGAGAGAAAGAUGCAACUCACACAACCCCUCCUUGCAGCCAAGUGGUGCAACCCACUUACCAUUCUUAUGGGGGGAUGCCCUCUUGGGCUGACUUGACACAUGACUCCUCCAGCAAGGCGUUGCUGACCAAUCCGAUGACUCCAGACAGCAACUCCUACAAGGGCCCUCCUCCCAUUGGCUAGAGAUGGGGUGGAGGCGGGCAACAUCUGCUUUUCUGGGUCGCCUGGCUUGGCAGCUCAGCCCCAACUCUGAGAGGCAGCCAGCAACCCCAAACUCUCCCCUCCUUGCCUUGUGCUUCUGGGUCUGCAGCCGCCCAACCCUUGGUGUCUGCUUCCUUUCAUUGUCCCUCCCUGCCUGGAUGGCUGAGGGCCUUCCUAUUUGUUUUGUCCUCCAUCGAGGGCAGGUUCAGGAAGUUAUAACUGGGGACCCCUCCUUCUGCCCCAAUCUCUCCUUCAUUGGAGGUUUUAAAGCAGCAGUCAAAGCACCCCGUUAGGAAUACUUUACCUGUGACACCGGCCUUGCAAGGGGGUUGGGCUUGAUGACCCUUGGGGACCCCGUCCAGCUCUUAGGAUUCUGUGACAAUCCAGAUCCUCUCCAAGGAAGUCUUUCCUUUCAAAAAAAAUUAUUCAUUUUAUAACACAAAUAAACAGCCCAAACAGAAAUACAAACAAUAGAAACAAAUUCUUGUCUUAUCCUUAUUUUUUCUAAACAUUGUUAGGUGGGCUUCCCCAAGUCCCCACUAUCUGAUUUUCAUUUUACCUCAUCUUUAGCAGUUUACAUAUAUCAUAAUUUCUAACCUUUUUUUUUUUUAAUCACGCUUACUUUUACCGUAAAAAUCUUCACAUUUUAUCACUUACAAAUAAUACUACCGUAUUUUUCGCCCUAUAGGACGCACCGUCCCAUAAGGCGCACCUAGUUUUUUGGGGGGGAAAUAAAGGGAAAAAAAUUAUUUCCCCCCCAGGCCCGAGCUUCCCCCAACCCCAGCCCCCAAACAGGCAGCUCUCUGCAAGCCGUGGGAGCCCAGCGCUGGCUCCCGCUGCUUGCGGAGAGGUCCGCGAAGCCUGGACGCGCUGAGCUCAGCGCGCGCAGGCUUCAGCAUGCAGGCAACUCUCCGCAAGCAGCCCAUCAUCUUCAUCUGCCAUACUCCAAGGAAGUCUUUUGCCAUUCAGGUGCCCUCCAGGAUGUUGCUGGACUACCACUCCCAUCGUGCUCCUCCCCGCUGACAGUUUGCCAUGGGGGCUGCUGGGAGGUGGACCCUGCACACCCAAUCUCUGGGAGGCAACAGGCUGGCGAAAAGCCACUCCAAAGCUUGGUGCUGAUUGGACAUUAGUGGGCAGGUGGGCACCAGCCCCAAGUGCAGCGUCCUGCUUCUCGGGCAAGGGGGGGACUGUGGAACUCCCUCCCACAAGAGGCAGUAUUGGGCACCAACUUGGACGGUGAAAAGAGGAUUCAUGGAGGACAGGGCUGCUAGUGGCCAUGCUGGGGCUCCGGGGUCAGAGGGAGCAAUUCUUCUGAAUCUCAGUUGCUGGAAACCACAGGAGGGCUCUUGUGCCUGGGUCCUACUUUGGGGAUUCCCCUCAUAGGCACCUGGUUGGAGACUGUGAGGAUGCUGGUCUAGAUGGGUCCCUUUUCACCCUGUCCAGCAGGUGGUUCUUAGGUUCUUACAUGCUAGAUGCUGUACGGUUUUUUUAUUCUAUUUUCAAUCGCAUCUCCCCCCCCCCCCGCACCGCCCCCAAUAUAUCAUCAUCAUCAAUCUUUAUUACGGUCCAGAGACCCAACAAAACAUUACAAAUUAAUACACAGUUCAUACAGUCUACCUCCAGGUUAAUCAAGCACUUUGUUUGGAAUAUAGGGCUCGUUUGUUCUUGCAACCACCGAUAAAAACUUUGCCACUGCCAACGUUCUAGCUUUUGUCCGGUCUUCCAGUAGGAACCCAGUAUAUUAUAAGUAAUUGAAUACAGUCAUAUCUCAGGUUACAGAUGCUUUGGGUUGUGUGAUUUCGGGUUGUGCACCACGCCAAACCCGAAAGUAACGGAACGGGUUACUUCUGUGUUUCAGCACAUGCGCAGAAGCGCUAAAUCGCACAUUGUGCAUGCACAGAAGCGCCGAAUAGCAACCCGCAUGUGCGCAGUCGCGGCGCUGCAGAUUGCGAACGUGCUUCCCGCACAGAUCACGUUCGCAACCCAAUCGUCCACUUUACUGAAGUAUUGAGAUGGUGAUACAAUAAAAUGCAGUGUAGGAGACACAGUUGAAAAUACAUUGAGGAAUCAAUAUAAAUAUUUAGCGUUACUUUGUCUUCCAUCUGCAACUGCAGACACACAGACACACCUCAGGCUGCUUGAAAAUUACAAACUGACAACCCACGGACCACCGACUAGAACCCCCCCGAGUUAGAGAAUGUGGUUUUGGGGGGCUAGACGUAACUUCCAUAAAACUCCCUUUUCCUCCUCCCCCCCCCCCCAUUUUUCAUAGUUGGUGUCCUCCUGACCCAGGAGACCUGGGUUCGAAUUCCCAACCCAGCCACAAAGCUCAGCCAGGUGUUGGAUUUGUUCAUCUAGCUUGCAAGGGGGGCGGGAAUCCAAAGGCUGCACACCCAUACACAUCCCACACCCUGAAGCUUGACUUCUUGCCUUCUUCCUCCCCAGGUGAACUUCCGUGGGUCGGGGAGCAGCAAAGGCUGCUGGGCCGAGCGGACGCAUGUUGAGAAACGCCUCCUGGUGCUGACAGUGGCCCUCUCAGCUGGCUUCCUGGCCUGCAUCUGUGUGCUGCUGUUCCAGUUCCGAACCAGUGAGUCCCCCUCCUGGCUUACACUAAGACUGCACUGCCCCCUGCUGGCGCCCUCCAAGUGGUUUUGGACUACACAUCCCAGCAGCCCCUUGCAACUCUCAGGCCAGUGUAAUGGACUUUGGUCUAACAGAUGGUAUCCAGCCAAGUUCCACUCCUCAGGGUAGACCUAUUGAAAUUUAAGGCCAUGACCGGAGAAAGUGGCAAGAGAAAAGCCUUCUCUCUCUGUGUCUCACCACUCUAGAGCUUGUGGCCACCCAGUGAAGCUGAAUGCUGGAAGAUUCAGCACAGACAAAGGGAAGUCCUUCUUCAUGCAGCACAUAGUUAAACUGCGGAACUCCCUGCCACAGGAGGCAGCGGUAGAUAUCAGCUUUAAAAUAGAGGAUUGGGUGAAUUCAUUGCGGAGGAGAGGGCUGUCAGUGGCUGCUAGACACGACAGUUGGGGUCAGCAGUGCUCCUGAAUCCCAGUUCCUGGAAGCCACAGGAGGGUGGAGUUUACUUUUUGUGCUCAAAUCCUGAUUGUGGGUUUCCCAUAAUGGGCAUCUGGUUGGGCCACUGUUAAGAAGAGGAAGCUGGCUUGCUGGGCCAUAUUCUUAUGACUGGGUGGCUUCAUUAAUUUCAGUGGGUCUACCCUGUGUUUCAUUUCUAUUUGCCUCCCCAGGGAUGCCUAAAUGAAUGAAAAUAGCUCCUAAUUCACAUUCAUUUGAGUUGUGCAUGACCGCGCACACAAACGCCACUUGCAGGGGUGGAAUGGGGGUGGAGUGGUCCGUAACGGAUUCAUGCGCAGAGAGCCAGUUUGGUGUUGUGGUUAAGAGCAGUGGACUCGUAAUCUGGUGAACCGGGUUCACAUCUCUGCUCCUCCACAUGCAGCUACUGGGUGACCUUGGUCUAGUCACACUUCUCUGAAGUCACUCAGCCCCACUCACCUCACAGAGUGUUUGUUGUGGGGAAGGAAGGGAAAGGAGAAUGUUAGCUGCUUUGAGACGCUUUUGGGUAGUGAUAAAGCGGGAUAUCAAAUCCAAACUCCUCUUCUUCUCGGAAUGGAAGAACCGUGUAAUUACUUACAUGAUUCCCCUGUAAGUAAUCCUGUGACCCUGACCAGCCCUUACUGCCCCUUUCCUCCAGGGCUCUGCCUGACGGAGUCUUGCAUCUCCGUGACCAGCUCCAUCCUGAGCUCGCUGGACCGGACAGUGGACCCCUGCGAGGACUUCUUCAGCUAUGCCUGCGGGGGCUGGAUCAAGGCCAACCCCAUCCCCGACGGCCAUUCCCGCUGGGGGACCUUCAACAAACUCUGGGAGCACAACCAGGCCAUCCUCAAGCACCUUCUGGGUGAGCCGGCGGAAGGGAGACCCAUCUCUUCCUGUGGAAUCUGCAAAGGAGAGCGGGGGAAAUCUUCAAGGGCUGCCACCUGAGUCUGGCAGCAGCGUGAAACAGGGUCUUUUCCAGCAGAUUGUCAGUGCAAUGAAUUCUGCUUGUGCAAUGAGGCUCCCCACCCACCCAAUUCCCUCCUUCCCCACACCAUAAAUUAGCAACCCUUUUAAUCCUAGAUUAGUGGUUCCCAAGUUUUUGGGAGCCAACGCCCCCUUGGUUCCAUAAACCCAUCCCCAGUGCCCCCUACCCUGUUGAAAGCAAGAGUCAGAACAGCAGUCUGCACGUCUUGCUUAGGAAGAAAUUCACACAAUUAAAUUCAAGGCAGUAAUUAAUUGCACAUUUUUCAAUACCCAACUAGCAUGUUUAGUUUAAUUAACUAACUCCUAACAGAGUUGAUGAAAUUGCCUGCAUCUUCUGGCUCCAUUGAAAUAGGUUUCCAGGACACUUUUACUGUCUUUAUCUCCUGUGCUUUUGCCACCCUGCGCUCCCUUUGGGAGGAAGGGUGAGGUUAUAAAUUGAGUGAGUAAGUAAGUAAUAAAUUCAUCCUAGAGGUUCCUCCAACCCUCUGGGGCAGACCUGGGGAGAUUGUGGGGCACAGGAGGGGGUGCAGGACGUCCUGUUGCACAAUUGGAAAUCCUUGCGCUGGCAGGAGGCCUUGCAGUUUCCAUUUUCUUUCUGCUUUCUGGGGGUGUUUUGACCUUUCGGGGCUUCUGGGAGGGAGAGAGGACGGAAAGAAGGAAGCAGUCCGGCUGCCUUGGAAGGGAAAGGGGGGGGACUGAGUACCAUUUGUUUCCCUCUUGCCUGUGCUCCGCUGAGGCCCCCCAAUUCUUGAAGGCAGGCGGCAAGUCUUGCUGGGAGCUGCACAAGCAAAGGUUAGGUGGAUCACUGGUAGAACAUUCGCGUGGCAUGUGGUCGCUCUCUUCCUCUCUCUCAUGCACUCCUUCAGUCUUCAUUGAGAUGGAGAGUUGAGAGGCGACCCAAACGGUAUUGCUGUGCAGGUAUUGCUGCGCAGACCAAAGGGGUCACCGAGACCAGCAUUACGUGAACAGCAGUGGGGAGAUCACAGCAGCCUCCCCCUGCCCCCAGCUCCCUUUAACAUCUAGCAUUCAGAGGUAUACUCCCUGCGGGACUGGAGGCUCCAUAACACCAUUGUGUUUUCAUAGGUGUCAAUUUUCCAUAUCUCUGUGAAAUGGUGUGAUGCUGGGGGGUGGGGGAAUGAGCUGUCAAUGCCAGCCGCUCUUCUUGUCUCAUUUUGUGGCAGUGAGUUCCACAAGUCUAUCUCAAGGCCAAUGACUCCCUAGAAAAAACUCUCCACCUUUCCAUGCAAUGCACACCAGCUGAACAGAAAACAGGCUUUGCAGUUUUCUGGAGGUGGAAGUUGAAGGGCAGGGAAACUUAGUUCACCCCGGCCCCCAAGCUGUGAUUCCUACAUUUCAGGAGGGGGUUGGACUAGAUGGCCCUUGGGGUCGCUUUCAACUGUACAAAUCUGCGAUUCUUCAUCUUGAGAUAACUUGACAUGAGCCAACAGUGUGACGCGGCAGCUAAAAAAGCCAAUGCAAUUCUGGGCUGCAUCAAUAGGAGUAUAGCAUCUAGAUCAAGGGAAGUAAUAGUGCCACUGUAUUCUGCUCUGGUCAGACCUCACCUGGAGUACUGUGUCCAGUUCUGGGCACCACAGUUCAAGAAGGACACUGACAAACUGGAACGUGUCCAGAGGAGCACCCAAAAUGGUCAAAGGCCUGGAAACGAUGCCGUAUGAGGAACUGCUAAGGGAGCUGGGCAUGUUUAGCCUGGAGAAGAGGAGGUUAAGGGGUGAUAUGAUAGCCAUGUUCAAAUAUAUAAAAGGAUGUCACAUAGAGGAGGGAGAAAGGUUGUUUUCUGCUGCUCCAAAGAAGCGGACACGGAGCAAUGGAUCCAAACUACAAGAAAGAAGAUUCCACCUAAACAUUAGGAAGAACUUCCUGACAGUAAGAGCUGUUCGACAGUGGGAUUUGCUGCCAAGGAGUGUGGUGGAGUCUCCUUCUUUGGAGGUCUUUAAGCAGAGGCUUGACAACCAUAUGUCAGGAGUGCUCUGAUGGUGUUUCCUGCUUGGCAGGGGGUUGGACUCGAUGGCCCUUGUGGUCUCUUCCAACUCUAUGAUUCUAUGAUUCUAUCUUGUGCCUAGCAGCAAAAGGGGGUUGGGUGGUAUGGCUGACUGGAGCUUCUCUCUCUCUCUCUCUCUCUCUCUCUCCAGAAAACACCACGGCUCAGGUGUCCAGCGAGGCAGAACGCAAAGUCCAGCGCUACUACCAGUCCUGCAUGAACGAGACCAAGAUUGAGGAGCUGCAGGCCACUCCCCUGGUGGACCGCAUCAAGAAGGUGAGGGAGCUCAGGGAACGCGGGCCAGGAGCCAGGCAGGCAGGCAAAGAGGCUGGGCGGAAGAGGAGAAGGCAGUGUUGGGCUUUCUUCCUUUUUUCUUUUUCUUUUUGAUAUUGAUAUUUUAUCGAAAGGUUUUCAGUUACGAAGAAAUAAAGUGAUGCAAAGAAAAAAAGAAGACACCGAAAUGUGUAGAUAAAUGUGAAUAUAUACGAAAAAAUACCCAUACAUUUUUUAUAAGUUUGAUACAGUGGUGCCCCGCAAGACGAAUGCCUCGCAAGACGGAAAACCCGCUAGACGAAAGGGUUUUCCGUUUUGGAGGUGCUUCGCAAAACGAAUUUCCUAUGGGCUUGUUUCGCAAGAUGAAAAUGUCUUGCGAGUUCCUGCGGGGUUUUUUUCCUUCCCCCCCCCCUUUUUCCCAAGCCGCUAAGCUGCUUAUCAGCUGAUCCGCUAAGCCGCUUAACAGCUGAUCGCUAAGCCGCUUAUCAGCUGAUCCGCUAAGCCGCUUAACAGCUGAUCCGUUAAGCCACUAAGCCGCUUAUCAGCUGAUCCGCUAAGCCGCUUAACAGCUGAUCGCUAAGCCGCUUAUCAGCUGAUCCGUUAAGCCGCUUAACAGCUGGUCGCUAAGCCGCUUAUCAGCUGAUCCGCUAAGCCCGCUAAGCCGCUAAUACUGUAGCGCUAAUCCGCUAAACCACUAAUGGGCUUGCUUCGCAAGACGAAAAAACCCGCAAGACGAAGAGACUCGCGGAACGGAUUCUUUUCGUCUUGCGAGGCACCACUGUAUUAUUAUCCCAAUAAAUAGGUAAAUAUUAAUAGCCUACUACAUUUUGUAUAAACUUUCUUAAAAAUGGUAAGAAGGCCCCUGGGGAAGAGGUUGGUCAUUGUUUCUGGUUUGAGUCUGUGGCCGAAGGUCUCCCAGGUCCAGCUUUUUGAGAAUUAUUAGCUUUGCUCUGAAAUGUUUUGUGCGCUGAUUGGAGAGUGUUGUCCAAAACCAUCAUCAUCAUCAUUUUUAUUACAUUACUGAAGCUAAAACAUUGUCCCACUAUUUAGGUAAGAUAGAAACUCCUAAUUCUUUAUUCCAAUCAUUUCUCAGAUCAUGCACAUCAAACUGAUUAGUCGAAACCAAGUAUUUGUUUAAAAAAGCCCAAAAAGCAAUCACCGGCUUUUUGAUCUCAAAGGAUUUUACCAAUUCUUCUUAUAGUUCAGGUGCACUGCUCUGUGAAUGCAUGCCUGCAUGCAAUAUUGCAAUCCAUAAUAAAUUGGGGAAAAUUUUUUUAAGUACUUUUCCAAAAAUACUAGAGACCUUUUUGUUGGGGAUAAUUCAGACAGAAAUUCCCAGGUGUCUAAAAAGGUUAUUUAUGUAUGCCACUGCUGCAGCCCAUGUUUCGUUAGCCCCAAAAUGGAAAACAAGCAAGGUCGCAACUAAAGAAGAACGGCAACUUAAGCUGAUGGAAUAUGCAAAGCUUGUGGACUUAACAUGCAUAAUAAGAGAACAAGAAGAACAUACGUUUAGAGAAAAUUGGAAAAUGUUUAUUGAAUAUAUGGGGGGAAAUGGUGUACACUUGAAAACGUUGGCAGCAUUAAGAUAAAUUCAACAAAAUGAAUUUUUUAUGGAUGUAAUAAUGGAAUACUGAAUGGUUAUUUUAUGUAAAAUAUGUAGGGAUUUAUGAUAUGCAAAAUGAACCAUGGAAAGAGAAGAAGGGAAGUCAUUGAUAUUUUAAGGAUGUCUAAAUGAGUGUUAUAAAUUGUAAAACAGAAAAUUUAAUUUAACACAGAGAGAGAGAGAGAGAGAAACCUUGGUUUACAACCAUAAUCCGUUCCAGAGGUCUGUUUGUAAACCAAAACAGAUUGUAACCCAAGGCACGCUUUCGCCAAUGGGGCCUCCAAAAAAAAAUUGUUCGUAAUCCAAAAAAAAAGGGUUGUAAUCUAAAAAAAAGGUUGCAAACCAGGACACGCACUUCUGGGUGUGACGUUUGUAAUCCAAAACGUAUGCAAACCAAGACGUAGGCAAACUAAGGUAUCACUGUGUAUAUAUACAGUAUAUAAAAGCUAUAUUACAAUCUCUCCUCCAGCUUGGUGGCUGGAACAUCAGCGGUCCCUGGCAGGAGGACGACUUCAACCAGACUCUGCUGCAGCUGGCUGCACAGCACCACAUCUGGCCCUUCUUCUCGAUCUACGUCAGCGCCGACUCCAAAAACUCCAGCGUCAACAUCAUCCAGGUGGGUGCGGGAGGUGGAAGGCCACGCAAGGGGUGAGAUGCAUUUUUUGGAGCGGGAGCUGUCGGUUCUCCCUGCUCAGGCCGAGGUGAGAGUUGCCUAACCUUUGUCAUUUCUGGCGUGCCCUAGCCCUAGCCAUGGUGGGCACAGCAGGCUCCAUUCCAGCUGUGUUAAAAGCUAGGAGUCUCUGCACGAUGCCAUCCUCCAUCCAGGCAAGGAGGUCAUUGCAGCCCAAGAAGUCAUUGCAGCCAGGUAGAAGCACUCGGGGGCAUGGUGGAGACAUUGCGGGCCUGGACCGGUUUCCUGAGGGCCGGUUCGGGAAUCCUGGCGGACCUCCAGGUUAGGGUUACCAGACGUUCCCGGGGACAGUCCCCGGAUUUGCAGAUCUGUCCCCAGACAAGUUCCGUCCCUGGAAUGUCCCCAGAUUUGCAAAUCUGUCCCUGGAAAACAUGGCAGCGGCAGCCUGGUAGCACAGUUGGCUCUGGCCAGCUUCAGGUGCUGCUCCCUGCCGUGGCGCCCACCAUUUUUCCUCACUGGAAGUCACCCUAUGAUAUGUCUUGUGCGCAUAUGAUGUGUCUUGUGCGAUCUCCUGCCCCCUUUGUUUUGACUGAUCGGGGGAGUCGUGGGUGGGCGGCCAUUGCCCCGUUUUUUAAAAAACUGCAUUUAUGUUUCACAGGGUACGAAAGAAGGGCUUUGCACCUUUAUACAGUAUGCAUGUAUGCUUGGGCCCAGGGUCUUUUGCCUCACCAUCCCCACUACUGACUCCCUGUUGCUACUCAGCUUCAAAAAAAAAAAUAAAAAGUGUCCCUGGAUUCAUUGAAAAAAAAUCUGGUAACCAUACUCCAGGUUCCCCACACCUGUCUUAGCAGCUCUGGGGUCAGCGUUCUUCCCACCGGCGGCACCUGAUUGGUUGCUGCAGGAUACAGGAUGCUGAGCUCGGUGGGCCUUUGCUCUGAUCCAGCAAGGCCCUGUCCUUGUGGUCCAGAAUUGCAGCCCAGGGUCCUGCCUUGGAGGUGGGGAAGGGCUGGAGCUUGGUGGGUAGAGUUCCUGCUUGGCAUGCAGAAGGUCCCAGAUCUCAAGGUAGGUCUG